AGUCUGGUCUAGGCGUGCAAGAGGCAGCAUGUGCGAGUCUGUACUGUAAUGUGUGUGUUUGUAGUGCUGAACGCUGCGCUGGACUCUGGGAGACAUCUCACUGAUUCAAGGAUUCCCCCUGUGAGCUACCGGAGUGGACACAUGCUGACGGUGUUUUAACCCUCACAGGGAAUUAACUUUAACACACAGAGGAGACACUGGGAGCUCAAGAAGAGGUAAGAGCUGCAUCAUUUGACUUAAGGAUGUCUUUUUUGGCUGUAACAGUGACAUUAAGGUAAAGCUAGACUAACUUGUGUGUGAAGAUAAUCAGAUUUGUUGUGUUUGUUUAGACUUGAUGAUCAUUUUUCUGCUCAAAUUUGUACAUUGUCCUCUUGGAGUUGUGGCUUUUUUUGUUGCACAUGUUCUAUUCUUGUGUGUUUCUGUCUGAAUACCAACCUAUUUAUACGAUAGCAUGCAUUCUUACACAAUGUGUCCCUGUGUGUGUGUGUGUGAGUGUGUGCAACUUCACUUCUUUGCUGGUACAGUGUACUACUGUUAGGAGAUGGCUUCUAUUUUCAUGAUGGGUCUCUUUUACACACGCACACAUUCAGUCUUUAGAAGAAGACUGCAGCCCUCUAAGAGAAUUUGCUGGAAUACUCUUACAUGAGCCAGUGUGUGUGUUUGUGUGUGAGUGAAUGUGUGUGUGUGUGCAUGAGUGAUGAAAGGAGUUUAUCAAUCAUUAAUGUCCUCACUGGGACUUUGCCUAGUUUCCUAUACUCAGAGUAAUUUAGAGAUAAUGAAAUACCUUUACAGUCAGCACCUGGGAUUUCCCGCCAUUGUUCAAACUGCACAGCUCAAAGGGCAGAAACAGAAAAGCAUGCUGCAGCAGGGUGAGUCUGUGAUUGGGAGAUUUUACAUAAGAAGCACAGCAGAGGUGGGAUCGAAACUUGAAAACUUUAACAAACAUAAUGCUGAAAAUGUCUGAGACCAUGCUCUUAUGAAUUUUGAUCUGAUAAAGACAUUAUGAUACUUUUUCUGUGUCUGAGUGUGUGGGCGUACUGUAGUGAGUGGAAAUAUUGAUACAUGACAGGAGAGAGUCAGGGGAAGAUGGAUUAGACAGACAAAAUGAGACAUGUACUGGAAGUCUUAGGGGGACAGCAGUUAUGACUCUGGGAGCAACAGUAGCCAGCAAAAGAGAGAGAGAGAGGGACAGAGUGACACAGAAAGAGGAAUAGAGGACGAGUUGUGGGCUAAAAUAGACUCCAAAACAAAAGAGGGGGAUCUGGACGUGUGCAUUUCCACCUUCUGCUGGUUAAUUCAGACGUUUUCACCAUCUGCCACUCACAUGUGUGCCUGUUAGUGAAUGUGUCUGGUCCCAGCUGUGCGGAGGGUCAUCUCCAGGCAUCCAGACAGACGAGGAAUUCAGAGGGUUCAGAGGGCAUAAAGUCUCUGCUGUCCUUUCUACUCCUCCAUACACGUUCAUGCCUCCUUACUAGAGAUAAUAAACUAGAGUUUUCUUUGUGAAAUUUAGAUCUGUGGGUCAGUUCCUCCUGGAUGGAUGAAGAUCUUUAAAAGCGUGACAUAACACGAUCAUUAACGCUUAUCAAAGUGAACCCAGUUUUAUUGCUGUGGUUAAACAAUCAGGCGUUAUCAAGAGUUUAAAGGCUCCAAGUUACAUUUAAAUGGAACUUUUACUCAAGGUGUUUAUCGUUUGCCUAUAGUUGAGCAGUCAUAAAUAAGUAGGAGUUUACUAUCUUGAUCAAGGGCGAGAAAGGAAAACAGGGAUCAAACCCCUGAGAUAGGGAACGACUCUCAAUCUCUGGAGCCCCAGCUGCUGUAACUUAGUAAUUCAGCUGCCUUUUUCCACCUCAAUUGAACACUGAAUAAUGGAUUUCCCUCAAAAUAUUGAAGCUUAGAUCUCUCACUGAACCCUGAUAAGGUUGUGAACUAAGAAAAUAAAAGCCAAACACAUUUUUUUACUGUAACAGUGACGCUGUGUGAGCACUAUGUGGAAAAAAAUCAAAGAUAAUUGACCUUAUCAUCAACUUUAAAAUAACACACAGCUCUGACUGUGAGUUUAUUUACAUUUUUAGAAGAACACAUAUUGUAAACAAGUCUUUCUCUCUUUUUUCUCUCUCACUAUCUCUCUCUCUCUUUUUCUCUCUUGUUAUCUUUUCUUCACUUUAUCUCUCUCGCCACAAUUCACUGCUUCAGUUGCCACCAUGAGGAAGUUGAAUAUUGGCAGCGUAUUUUGAGGAAGUGAUCCGUGAAGGGAUUUAUGGUGGCAGAUAAAAAAUAGUGCGUGUGUGUGUGUGCGUGUGUGAUCGUGAUUGUGUGUGUGUAUACACCCCCUUUUUUUUUUUUUAUAAAUUGACAAAGACUUUGCGAAAGCCUGAGGCUGUGACAAAAGGGGAAAGCCAUUAACUCUUACUCUCUUCCACACGGCUCACCCUGCUUUAUGUGUGUGUCCAUUUACUACAUGUGCGAGAGUGUGUGUUCAGGAUAAAUACGUGUGUGUGUUUUUGUGUGUGUGUGUAUCGGCACAGCCAUGUGCUCCAUCUGUGUACAGUAAGCUAAUAUAGUAUGUGAGCGUGAAGGGGGGGAUGGGGCUCUGUUAAGUGAGCCUCUGUCAGUGUGUGAGUGGGUUUGCAUUGUGUGUGUGUGUAUGUAUGUGUGUACAUACUGACCCAGAUUGAUGCACUGCUCUGAUGUGAAGUCAGCUCACCUCCAGUGUGCAUACAGGUAGGCGUAUCCUCUCGUACACACUUCCAGCUUCACUUUAAACACCCACUCUGGUGCUCUUGUGUUGCCUUUUAGCACCCACAUUCAUGCGUCUGACUGAAAACACAAACACUACAACCUUCACCUUUACCUUUUCACCACGCAAACACUUGCCCUGGAGUACACACUUUAUAUUUCGUGCAGCCCGAGUGUAACCUGUGGUAUAAGUGUUUGAGUUUUGAUCUUUUGACCUUCUCUUUUGAGGCUACAUCGAAUAACACGUUACAUCAACGCUACACAAUAGUUCGCCAUUAAUGUAAUUAUUAUUGUUACUAUACUUAAGUGUAGUCGUGAUAAUGAUCAACAUCAGCAACAACAACACAACCAAAGCUCGUCACCCUUGACUCUUCUGACCUUGUGGCGAAGCAGACUGACGCCGUCUCCUCGUGAUUACAGAUAUAGCGCACACAACUUGCAGUUUGAUGAGCAUGUGGCAGGAAUGAUAAAGGGGUGAUGCAAUUAACAUGAAAGGGAGAUGAUCCCCUUCUCUCUCUCUCUCUCUCUCUCUAAAUUUCAUUCUCCCCCGGUCUCAGAAGAAGCUUCAUCCUUCUUCCUCAGUGGUCCAUUUAUUUCUGCUGUUAAGCAAAUAUGAGGCUUACGCUGCCCCGUGCAAUCAAGCUGUUUAAAUGUUUGUGUUUGACUGUGUGGAUGUGGAUCCCCUCUGUGAGUGUGUCUCUCCCUCUCUCUGACACUCUCCCAUUUCUUCACUGCCACCAGUUACAACCUAAUGUUACCUUUUAGAUUCUGUUUCAGGUCAUGAUUUGAGAUCAGGAAAGCACAGAGUCAUGCCACGAAAAUUAAAUACUCAAAUUUGGUUUAUCAGUUGUUGGAUAAUUAAACCUCUUUAAAUAUAACAGGAGAAAGAAUCCUCUGUGUUGGAUGGAAGUCCUGCCACAACAAGUGAUGAGUGGUCAUCAUCAGUAGAUAUUGUUUCAUUUUUCAGACACAUAGCUCAAAUACUUUGGAUUUCAGUGGGAUUAACAGACCCGCUCACAUGAGCAUCCAUAUGUUUUUGUUUUUGACCGUUUGUACAAGCCCUUUAAAAAUAUGAGCAGUUGUGCAAGAGACAGAGGCGAAACGAGUGAGUGAGAACAGCGUGUCACUCUGACGUGUUUUCUUUACACUAUACGUCUGUUUGUAAUGUCACCUGCCCGGUUGAGCAGGACUACAACGGUUGUUACGUAGGGAGUGUGUGUGUGUGUGUGUCACAUCAGGUGAAGAGCGUUUCAAUUCCUGUCAGACCCAUCAACAUCAACCCCCCCUGUAGAGAAGAAGGAGUGCGAGAAGCAGCAGAAGGGGAUGCCUCUAAUUUGUAAAGGGGUCCAGAUGGGGGGAGGGGUGUCUCCGAGCUGACAUGAGCAGGCAUGUGCCCCUGUUCACUUCCUAUCUUUUGUCUCUUCUGUGUCUGCUGAUGAAUUGCAAGUCUCUCCUUUCCUUGUUUCCUUCGCUCUCUUCCUUUUUGUCUCCAUUUCUGUCUUUUUUUCUUCUUUCUCUGCCCCUUGCUCCAUCAUCCCCCCUUCCUUCUCUCUUAGUGUGACAGUACCCCCAUCCCUGUCAUGUCUGCCCAUUAUCUCUGAUCAGUGUUGCGUCCCAGCCCACACAUGGGCUCCGGCUGCCAACUGAUGAUGUAUAAGUGCAUGUGUGUCAGCAUGUAUGUGUCUACAUCUUACUUGAUGUACACAUGUUCAGAUCUUAAUGGCUUUCAACAGUUGCCUCAGUUCAAAAGAAUAGCAGAGGUAGAAAAAGAGAAGAGGAAAAAUAUUGUUCAGUGCAAACUAGCAAAAACACUAGCCGUUUGAAGAGUUUAAAAAGGUGUAAAUUUGGAAGCAUGGUUUAGCAAGAAAAUGGAGCAGGAGAUGUUAGGGAGCUGCUGUGAAGACUUCAGAGUGAGAUAGUGGAAAUACAUGUGUGUGUGUGAAGUGCUGAGUAGGGAUUUCAGAGAGGAAUUACUGAGGGUGUGCAAAGAGUGUCUUCAAAGAUUGUCUUUAACGCUUUGUUUGCACUGGGGAGAUUGGGCCUUCCUGGGAUACAUCCUUUUUUCUUUUUUUAUCUCUGCUGAGAAAUCUCUUCCAACUCCGUUUUUAAGUGCUGCUCUGUACAAGUUAACAUCCACAUGGCUGUGAGAUAAAAGCAGAGGAAACAAGCUGCAAAACCAACGUCUCUCCUCUCUUCUUCGCUUCAGCCUCCACUCCACAAUACAUUAGUUACAUAAAGAGAAAGCUGACCGGCAACUCGGUGCUCAUCACAUAGUCACACUUCAUGUUCCUGCCCGUUGACCUGGAAGUGAUACAGUGGGAUCGUACAAGGCAGUCUCAAAAGCCCGGGUGUGCAUUUGUAAGUGUGUGCACGUGCGUACAUGUAUGUGAAUGUGCAUUAAUGUGUGUGUGAGUGUAGGGGGGUUGACAAGAGCUCGAAAUGAAGGCUUAAAGGCAGAGCAGCAUGGGUUUCUUUCUGUCUUUGGAUCGAGUUUCUUUGAGGAUAAAAAACCCUGCAGUGAGUGCUGUAUAAGGUUUCUAUCAGACUGUGUUUUUGUUUUGUUCCCUCAGUUAGCUUUUAGACACGUGAAUGUGUGUGUGUGUGUGUGUGGUCAGAUUGCCUUUGUCCUCUCCCCUCAGACCUGCACUCAGAUGUCAGCGAGUCGUGUGGAGCUUAUACAGGUCACUAAUGUGCUGAGAAGGGAGGCUCUAUUCAUCGUAGCCACUCAGAGACCAAACAAUAACCCCCCAGCUCAAGUCCGCACAAGAGCUGAACUUCAAGGAAAUGGACCCAUUGACCUAGAUCCAACCCCAUUUAAAAAGAGACACCACAUCACUGACAUGAUGUCAAAUCCUCGUCUGAGAGCUCUGGAUGUUUUUUGAGACAAGCUGUCUUUGAAUGUCUGCUGAAGGGGCUCUUGUUGAAAAUAACCAAAGAAUCCAUCUGUUUACUAUUGUGCAUGACUUAAAGGGAGAGUGUAAACAUAUUGCUUAACUGUGGUGUGUGCGCUCAGGUUAAAGUCCUUAUAGUGCCGCUUAUUCAUUCAGUAUGUUUUGCACAGAGAGGACUGACUUAUGUGAUAUAAUUUCGUUGAAGGACUGAUAGGUAGUUGUUGUUUCUGGUGUUAAAGUUUUGGACGAAUCAAGACUGGAGUCUGGAAAUUGUAGUUUUUUAGGUAUCUUUGAAAAAAACCCCACAUUAAUCAAACCCUCUGAGUUUAAUUUUAGGCUUGUUUUUAUCAAGAAACUACUGAAGCGGAUUAGUGUUCAACUUUGCAGAACAAUGAUGUAAUGUUAUGGGUGGGGGUCUAAUCUCUUCUCUGAAAUGUUCACACCUUAAUGUGGUAACGGUGUGUUGAGAGAGGGUGUUUUGCGCAAAUGGGGAAGUGGUAGGAAAGGGAGGGGUGUAUUUCUCAGAAAAUAGAUAACGGAUAAGAUAUUUUUACACGGUUGACCUCCUACCGUUUGAUUUGGCUUUACUUAAAAUUUGUUAUAAACAAGUAAAGAUCUAGAGGUAGAAGCAGGGGUGCAUCUGUACAUUUAUGACCGGGGUGGCCCACUUGGAGCAUUGACUUACAGAGAAUAGCAUGACGUAUGUAUGCACACAUGCAUAAAUAUUGUUGCUACUUAUAUCUACUGAAACUACCAACAUUAAAGAUUAUACUCAGGUGCACACUUCUGUGCAGAGAUGGUUGACUCUACCAUAGUAAGGCGUAGACAUGUCAAAAUAACCUGUGGGGAAGAUUGAGUGCUGUGAUGCUAACUCUGCAAUUGUUUUCUGAAAUUAGAUCUUUUGGCUAGUUGGAGUUGGAGUAAAAUUUCUGUUUAACAACUUGGAAGUGAGUUGCUUCAAAAAUACCUACCAAAAAAAAAACUAAACAUACUUUAUUCAAGUGCCUCUCUUUGACAAAGCAACUCAUAUGAUGCAUUUGAGUUACCUUGAAAGUCAGCUGUUGGAGCUGGGAAUGACAUCACACCUGAGUUACCAGUGUUUCAGUUAACAAGUUGGAAAAAAAGCAAAAUUGGAGGCGCAAACAAGACGGCUACAUCUACGAAAGUUAUUUUAGUGCUUGCCUUGUCCUUGCUUAUAUUCUAGCAAGGCAAGCGCUAAACUUGGUUACUCGGGUGUGACGUCAUUCUCAGCUCUGACAUCUGACUUCCGAACGCAGCAAUAGUUGAGGAUAUCAUCAGCUUCUCCCACACUGCAGUUCCACAACAACACUGUGAAGAAUUUCCAUUAUCAUUAUCCCUUUUUAUUUACACACUGCAACCCAAAAGGCGUAAUUUUGGUCUCCCAGUGUGUCAUUACACGUCACAUCACGUCCUUGCUAAAGCACAAGAGGCAAGGAUUGUCAACACAGAGUAAGAGCUUCCCACACACACACACACUCAGGCAUUCACACACACAUCACCACGUCCUUCCCCCCAUUCCACCCCUGUUACUCCCUCUGAGGGAAAAUUUAAAGGUGGAGUGCCUUUACCCCUCCAUUUCACCUGUGGGUGUUACAUAUCACAGGUGAGGCGUAACAGGAGCGUAAAUAUUUCACCUUGAAAUAGCAGCAUGUAAGCGCCUACCCUUAAUCCUGCCUUAUCUUACCCCAGACCCAUUCUGUAUUGUUUUGACUCUCUGUGAACAAAGCUCAGUGAGGUGCUGUUUGCCUGUCACAUUCUUGCUGAACAUUUCUUACCCUCAUCCCUCACUGCACUACAUUGUCUGCGGUCUCUCCUUUAAGGAGCUGCUUUUGUUUGCAAGCACAACUGUUGACUCAGGUGCAGGGGUGCAUGGAGUGACUUCCCCUUCCACCUCAUGCUUCCCUGUUCUGCCACCUUACUUUUGUCUCUAUACCUCCUGAGUCACCUCUGUCAGGUUUAUACUGUCAGGGUUCACCCCAGUGUCUCCUCCACUCCUUUCAACCCCUUCAAUCUUGUAUCUCCCCUCCCUUUUUUUUUUUUUUACUGUUCCCUUGUUUCUCUUUCAGGGUUGUUUCUUUCCUCCUGACCCACCCUUGUGCAAGCCCCAUCGCUUGCUCUCUGGUAAUGAAUAUGCAGUGUCUCAGCAGAAACCUUAAUGAACCGAAUCUUAAUAGGGCAGUUUUUUAAAACAAUGUGAUCCAAACCCCAUCAAGAAAAUACCUAUUUAAAUUAAAUAUUGCAUUGUUGCAAUGUGUAAUUUAAAUCAUGCCUGCAUCUCCAUUAACACAUCAUUAACAUAUUAUAUUAGUGCUGCUAAUCAUGCAUACACAUCAGUGUUAACUCAGCCAUUUAACAGGCAGUAAUCAGCUGUUUUUGUUUACAAGUGCACACAUGCCACACAAAACUAGUAGAAAACAACAUUUUCUGAUCUCUCUCUGGUGACAUAUGAUCACACUAACGGGGACAAUAAGCUCCAGAUAGUCUAUCUGACAACAAAACGCUUCCUGUUCACAUCCGCCCUAUUUCAGACUGACACAACAUCUACCGUAGAAGCCCCUCAGGUCCUAUCAGCACCACUCCACCCUUCUACCUCCUGUGUCUCCUUCCACCUCAGCACACAUCAUUCAUCUUUCUACCUGUGGCCCGACACUCGAUUUCAGCAGCUCUCUAUGGCUCUAACAGCCUCUCAUCCCCCUUUCAACACCAUUAUACCCCUUUUUCCAGCCCCUCUUGCUCCUCUCGUCUCACCCCCCCCUGUCUCAACCUCCCACCUCAAUCAGUCUACCUAUGCCUAAAACCCUCUUAUCCCCUCUCUCCCACCGUCUCUCUCUCACACACUCACUCAUCCACCCUGUUAUUUCCAUGUCUGUUCUGUCAGUAGUGAGCGGAAUAGCAGGUAUUACCCACCAAUUUGGCACUAUUCACACCUGACUGUGUUUGUCUGCAGGUGUCCAUAUGUGUUAGUGUCCGACAACAUGUAGUGUCAAGAUGAAGUGUGUUUGAACUUUGCACAAGAUAAAGGUCUUUAGGUUGAUAUUCCUCAUGGAGGAGCAACACUACACCAGCAACAAUUUCAAACAUGGGGAUUAAAUCCAAUUUGUUGCUCAAAGCUUGAAUCAAAAGACCCCUAAUGUGAAAGAGAAGAAAGAAAACUCACACAAAAGCUCUGUAGAGGUAAAAAGAAAUGAAAACAAAGGCAGGGAAUCCCCUCAUCGUAGAGCUCAAUUAUUUCAGGCUUAAAGGCUCCUCACUGCUGGGGUGUCCAGCCCUUCCCAUUUGCUUUAUUGCCAUGUCAACGAAUUCUAGAGGAAUAGGUGUGAAUACAACACAAAAAAAGGCUAUUUGAACACAUCAAAACACAAUGACAGGAAAAAUUCAAGCUAUUUAAACAUUGCGCGAUAAUUUAUUGUCAAUUUUUAAGUUUUGAGGGUGCUGGUUGGCCUAGCAGUUUGGGUACUGAUGUAUGCAGGCUGCAGAGUCGCAUUAUACCAAUUUUGACAUAAUUUCAUGUCUGCAUUAGUCCCCACAAGGUUGAUAUCACCAUUAUCUUGUCUAAUAAGAAACAUAAUGCUGUUUUAAGGUUUUGAAGAAUAAUGCAGUUUGAUAAUGAUGUUCAUUAUUACCUUGUGUAUUUUUUCUUUCUCAUCAAUUUUAGUUGGCUGGGUAGAAAUCCAAAGUCCCUUGUGGCAAUAUUCCAAAUAUUUUCUGUCUACAUUUAUUAAAUAAAACAUUAUCUUAGGUUCAGAAAUUUGGUUUCUCAUCAUAAAAUUAUUUUAUUUAAAACAACAAGAACAAAAAUGUGAUAUUAGCAUCCUAAAUCAGCCAUUGGAAAACUGUUGACCAAAUGUUUUUGUAUGUUUUGUGCUUUUUUCGUUGCUUUAGUUGAGAGUUUUUAACUGAUUCAGGACCAUGACAGUCUCCAUAUACUUUAUAUUCAUACAUUUUAAAUCAGCGAUUUCGACCCCGGACAGACAAAGACAUCCCUCAUAUUAUCGAGUACAGACACUGACUCCUUGCAGUUUUUUGUUUGUUUAAACCCCAGAUGUGCAGGUCUGAAGUUGCACCUGCUACGAUGUUUGAGUGUUUUUUCCCACCUGCAUGUCUUAAGUUUAAUAUCAUCGCCAUCAUGCAAUAUUAAGAAAAUAAAAUCCACCUUUACACCUGCAAAAUACUCCUCAUUUUAAACAUCUUUUUCUGUAUGUUUUGUGACUCCCAGCUGCUCCUCCCCCAGGCUGCGCUUUUGCCCUGCAGGGUUUCUACGGUUACCAGCCAAAUCUGGAACACAGUCAACGUCUCGCCCCGCUCCUCUUGGAUAAUUAAACAACACUUCUUUGGCUGCUCCAACUCUCGUAUUUGGAGCAGCAAAUCACCACAUGAAUAUUCAGUUGAUUGGUAGCGAUCACAGGGAGAGGAUUGUCGGCACAAUCACUAUUUCAUCAGGAAGAAUGAGAAAGAUGAGGGCUGAUGGAGAAAAUUUAUUAACAUAAUUAACUUCGGUGUUUGCCAUUUGUCCCGCAACCUGCUGCACUUGAAGGCAACACUUGAACAACAAGAGGAUUGUGAGUGGCAGAGAAACCUGCAACAGGAGUGCGAGAUUAAUUUGGGCUUACACGCCGUGAUCUGCUUCUUUAUCGUAGAACAAGCAGGAGAAUAGGGCACUCUGAUCUUUCGGUGUCAAAGCCUUACAUUAAAAUAUACAUCUGGAAAGAUCACAAUGGAAAGCUUAAAUCUACGGGGUUUCCUGUCUUUAAAAACUUGAUCGCUGAGUUUGCACUCAGCAGCAGCAGCAGCAGCUACAGAGUCUGUCAGAGCCUCCGAAGCUGCACACACUCAUUGACUCUCCCAAGCCUCUCACUCAAUGGAGGAGGACUUGUGGUAGGAGGAUUUUCUUCAAAAUAUGGUAAUCCCUGACUGCACCGUGCUGCAGAGACAGUCAGCUGAAUCUGAGUUAAGUAGCGUACAGCAUAAGCUCCCAGAGAGACGGAGGAGCGUGUUUAAUAAAGUUAGUGACACUUGAGGAGUAAAGUGCAGUGAUUUGGCCGACACUCAAUUCCACAAGCCUUCAUUUUCAUCCUCAAAUGCCACACAGACUCUGACCUACAAUCAAAAUUCAUUAUACAUGUAUUUUUUUUUCCAAUAUUGUGCACAGAGCUCUUUCUCUCCUCCUGUUUCAAACUGUUAUUUUUCGUGUUUAAUUGAGCUUAGUUUCGUCACUCACUUGUGCAGGAAUUGGCAGUAAAUUUGCUCUCAGCUCACUCUUAAAUCUUUACUCUUUCUUCUUCUUUCCUCUGUUAGAAGAUGACAAAUUGUAGGGACUAAUGAAUAACAAUCAUCUCAUUUCCUCCCACUCCACUUUCUUCUGUCAUUUUUAUGCUGUGCCCUCCUCGGCAACCUCAGAAUCAAAGCGCUCUUCAGGAAGGAAUUAUGAUUUGUCUCUCACCAGUAAAAAGAAAUUAAUGUUUGAUUUCAGCAGCAGCCGAGACUCAUGCUCACAGGCGCUCUGUUUGUGUGCAUGUGCAUGUGUGUGUUUAAGCUGUGAGAGGGGGGAGGCGGCGUGUGUCUUGUCAGAUCCCGAAAGGAUGAAUAAGGAGCUAAUCUUCCUCACCCAGGGAAUUCUUUCAGUGAUGUUUCAGACAGUCCCCUCUCUGAGGGACUGUGGGAGUGCAGUGGGGUGUGAUCUUGUCUCUACAAUGGGAUGUUUUCAGAUCAUAUCUGACCCUUAUUUCAACAUUAGAUAGAUAUAGAGGAGUUCUUCUUCAAAAGUGAACAACACAUUCUCAGCUAGGUGUGCACAUGCAGGAAGAAGUCCCUUAUCCUUGUUUGUUUGUUUGGACCACUGAGCCACCCUGCACCUCGUCCUGAUCACAUGGUGUUCACGCUGUGUUUGUUAUCUUUCAAGGCAGGUUUGCUCUGCGUCAACAACAACAGGGAAGCCCCUGUGUACAGUCAUGCAUGCAUGCAUGCUUGCUCGCAGGUGAGUUUAUGAGGUUUUCUGUGGGCGUAUGCAUGUUUGUAUGCAAAUGGAAACCAUGGCAACGCUGAUAAAGUGACUCCCAGAAUCCCAUGGUAGUCUAUUUUGACUUCCUUGGAAUGCCCAAGCCAGAAAUUCCUUUGUGUACCCCCCAGAGUGUUAGCCUCAGCGACUUCAUUCUCUGCUCUUCAAGGAGGGGAACCAUGAGAGGAAUGCCAAAGGUACGGGAAAAGGCCUGAGGGGAGGGUGAGUCCAGCGAUGGCGUCAUGUGUUUGAGGCUUGAUGGGGGGUCGGUCAGGGUUCAACAGGGGCAGGGGAAGGUCAGGGAGAUCAGUCAGGCUGAGAUUGUCUCUGGUUACAGAGUCUAGACUGGUCACUAUUGUUGCUUCUUUGUCUGUUUUAGUGUUGGGUUUGUUUUAGCCAUGGGGGGAAAGUCAUUAGUAAUAAGUAAUAACAAGUCAGGACAAAAUUUCACAUUUUUGUACUCUAUUAUAGCCUGUCAUAAACAGGAACUUCUCGAGUAUUGCUCAUUAUGGGUGUUUUUGUUUAUCACAAGUUAUCAGUCUUUUCUCUCGUUCACUUGAUUGUGACUUCACAAAGAGACAGACAUAAAUACCUUUACAAUGCUAAUUUUUAAGAGUUAAAAACAACAGUCUGUCACCGGAUGAAACAAUUGUGCUUACUUGUAAAGCGCAGGACAACAAGUUUUACAUCAGUAGCAUUAGGAUGAUUUGUUGUCAUUUUGGGAUAAAAGGCGUGUUUUAAAAGUGCCUGAAAAAUGUCAUAAUUUGUAGUCGGUGUCUGAUUUCAGCAGCCACCCCGGCGUGUGGUCUAGACUUUGACAGGCUUAGAAAAGCAAUGAGACAGGUUUUGUUUGACUUCAUUCACAGUACAGUAGCAACAGUGGUGCACAUCAGCAUCCACGUCACGGCCGCUUUGAGCCUUGAGAGCUGAGCUGUGUGUGUCAUGUAGGGCGGAGCUGUGAGACAGGUGCAGAGAUGAAAAGAUUGGCGGCGGGGGGAAGUUGGGUGUGCCCGCUCCAUGGCUGUUCUGACAGGCCUUUGGUAUUCUUCCAAAGAGUGUGAGAGCAUAUGUGUGUGUGUGUGAGCUGGAAAACUGGCUUGCUUGACAUCCUCCUGGGAUCGUGCAGGUGUGUGCGACUGAAAGUAUGUGUGCCUUUGUACUAUUGUUGUCAAAUGUGUGCCACAAGAAACUACCUGCUUGAGCGUGAGUGUGAUUGAUAUGAGAGCCCAUAGGUGCUGAACAUCUCUCUCUCUGACGCAGCCGUGCUUAUGUGGCACUAUGAGUUUGACAGAGCUGCUUUUUUCUUGUAAAAAAGGCACAUCGAAUCCCAGUGCGACACUUGUCCCUCAAAUUUCUUGUCCAUUGCACUCAUCCUAACGAUUUUUACACAGAGAUUUGUACAGAUCCAAUACCAGAACCACUUAGCCUCAAAAACCAACAGGAUUCAGCUAAAUUUUGUUUAGGAAAAUCUGUGGAUUGCUAGCAAUGUCAAAAAUCUGUGUCCUUCCUCAGAAAUGAUUUACAGUAGUCUUUUUGUUGUGGUAAAAAGGAAGUGGUUUUGGCAAGCAUUCAUGUAAGAGAUGAUGCAAUGUGAGAAGUAGCAGACAGAAACUCCAACUAGGUAAAUGGUACCCCAGUAUGAAGCAUUAUCCCACUUAAUACCUAACUACUUAGUUGAGGAAUCGUGAUUUUUCUCCAAAUAUUGAUUUUGAAUUUUUUUUUAUUUAAAAAGGCUUUUAAUUCUUCUAUUGAAAGUUAAAUUUACAGUUUUAGCUGAGUCUUUAGCCUUCUUAAAAUGAGCUAACUCAGCUGCUGUUACUCACAUUCAACUCAACAUUUCUUAACAAAAGCUAUAUGUGCUGUUAUUUCUCCCGUUAAACGAAACAAUUAUACCAACGAGGAACUCAAACAAGGUGAGCAGGUCAGGUAUGAAUCAGUGCCGCACCUGUAUUCAGUUCCAUUUCCUGGCACCAUCUUUAACUUUGAAGAUUUCUUUAAUAACAUAACCAUAACCUGAAGUUAACUACCACCUGUAAUUCCCGUAGAGUGUGUGUGUGCACAGCCGUAUCCCUAUGGUGUGUUUAAACUAAAGAUUGGUCUGCUAUCGUGUAAUAGAAGAUCGUUGCUAUGGAGACUUGACCAGUCAGAAAUGGAGUAUUUAAGCCAGCUGUGCAAUAAUCAGAAGUCAUUCAGUGAUGAAUAAUUUAUUUUGCAGCAUUUCGUAAGUUAAAGGUUUGGUCUGAGAAGAGGAUCUGAGAAGCAGUUGAAAAAAAAAAACGCGGUGUUGAGGCAGAUUUGAAAAAGCGUCCCACCCCCCACACGCAAACCUCUCCCCUCUGUGCUCAACGAUAAAUCCCCCCCAAACCUGUAUCACCCUCCCCAUGACACACCCCCUCUGGCAAAGCAAGAAGCUGGCCAGCAGAAGAUCCUACGCUAGCUUCAAAUAAUAUUCACCUUGUCGGAUUACUAGUGACUAGCAGUAGUAAAUGCUAGCUCUGCUAGCGAGCACCGCCUGGACAGCUACCAUGUUGACAUUGCACAGACUAAUAAGAGUUGUUUAUGUAACAUGUGCCACGAUAAAAGGCAAAAAUGACCUGUUCAACAGCAUCUGUUUUCAGGCCCAAAUCCUGGCAGCGCUUUCUCCACCGCUCGUAGGAGGACCUGAUGUUUAUUCGGGUUAGAUUCCUUGCUUGGUCACAUUUCCUCUUUGACUCCACCCUUUCUUCUGUCGGCUUGCGUUUUCUAAGCACUUUUGGUGGUGGAACGAGCAGAAGUGUUUUUUUUUUUUUUUUGCGUCCUUCUCCAUCACAGCUCCUGUAGCUAAGCUGCCACGCUACUUUUAGCUGCUCAGAGCUCCAAGGAGGGCAGGGAGAGUGGGAGGGGUCAAGUAACUAUGAGAGAGGGGAGCGUUGAAUAUAGCAAGGUCAUUGGAUGGAGAGGCGUGGCAGGAGAUUGACCAAUAGGAGCUGUGCGGGAUGGAUUGCUCCCAUUGGUCAAUGAUUUUGAAGCCCUGCACCUGCUAGGGUGAACAGAAUUUUUCCAUUCUUUUUUCUCCUCACUUUGUGGAGAUCGCACUAUAGAUCCAUGAUCGCCAUAUAAACAAUAUAUAAUAAUUACCAAUCUCUCCAAUUAUCAACCAUGCCUUUAAGGUUGAUACGAUCAGUAACUAAAAUAUCCAAACUGAAGAAGUGAAGCUUGAUUUUUUUUAUUAUUAUUUUUUUUUACAUGACUUUUGUUUUGAGUAAGACGCAUGGAGUUUCAUUUUCACCAACACUGUUCUUUGUUCCCUCUUUGCGUGUCUGUGUGUGUGUCUGUGUGUUCGUCUGUGAGUGGGCAUGCCUGCAUGGUAAUGAUGCUCUGGCUGCUGUUGCGCUGCCCAUUGUGUUAAUACACUCUCUCAAUGUGUUAAUAUACUGCGAGAAAGAGAGACUGAGGGAAAGAGAGCGAAUAAUUAUGUUUCCCCUUUUGUCUCGGCUCCCUCAAUUAAGCCCAAAGAGAGGCAGCCAGAGCACAUGUCUACUUAUCCACUUAAAGCUCAGCAACAAUAGGACCCCCCAACGCCUCUCUGUCUAUCUCUCCCUCUCUGUCUCUCUCCUGCACUAAUUCUUCAUUUCCUCCCCACUUUUUUCCCACUUUUCUAUAUAAAACUUCUAUUCAUAGCACCAUACCCCAAUGUUUUUUUUACUCCUUUCCCCUCUGUGUCUGUGCCCCCUCCUCUAUCCUCCCUCUGUAUGUGUUUUUGCCUGCAGCCUUGCCUCACCUCUCAGCUCUACGGGGGUUUAGCAGAGAGUUUCCCCCCCUCCACCUCCCCUCGAUACCCUCCCCCUUUCCUCUAUGCUUUGCUGCAGGGCACAGGGAGAGGAAAAAACGAAGAGACUAAACAUUUUCGACUGUACAUCGCCAGAGGAAAGGCUGCGGUUUUGAUGUCCCUUGUGUUGUGUCAGGCGAGGUUGUUUUGUUUGUUUGGUCUGUGUGUGUUUUCUUACUUCCGCUGCUCUAAAUUUAGACAGCGUAGAUGUAAAGAGGGAUCAGCGGCAUUAAUGCACAUUCCGGGUUACUAAAAGUCCUUGAAAUGUCUUCAUAAUGCUUUCCAUUCACAAACUUUGUUCACCAUAUCUACCUAUCAGUCGUUUCAGGUGCUGGUGUUUGCACUUAUGUAUCCGUAACAAAUUCAACUGAUGAUAGAUUGAAAAGAAAGCAGAACUCGCUCCAGAGUAAACAACCAGCAUCUGUGAAACAUUGUCAGCAAUAUCAUCAUUAUUAAUUCGGUGCAUCUUCUGUGGGUUUCUGUUUGUUUUGGAAGGGUGGGUGGCCGGCAUGUGGGUUUGGAUAAGCCAUGGGAAUGAGAAAGGAUGAGAAAUAAAGAGGGGAGCGAUAUAAUAAUGAGAAGAAGAGGAGGAGGUGGAGAAGCAUCAGGGUCAGAGGCUUAUGUAACCACUUCCCACAACUGGGGGUAGCAUUUGCUGCAGUAAUUACAGUAUAUGUUUGGAUACAAACGUAUACCGUAGAGAAAAACACAAGCCUUUUUUUUUACUGAUGUAUCCUGAAAUUUUCUAGAAAUCUUCUGUUUAUUACCCCCUAAACUUGCAGAAUUGCUUGUUUUUGCAUGUCUUUUUAGACCAGAUGAGUCCUAGUCGACAAAGUAAUAGAGACCUGUGCUUUAAUUAGAGGUGCACCGAUCCUGUUUUUCCGAUCCAAUCCGAUACGAUACCUGGGCUGAGCAUAUCGGCCGAUACCGAAUACCGAUCCAAUACUACUGUUGAAUGAAUGAACUGUAUACCUUGCCCUGUGAGUGAAGGCAUCAAGCUUGGCAUUAGCCUUGUUAAAAAAAGGUAACAGAUUAACACAGAUAUAAAUCUACUUAAUAUAUUUAUUAACAAACAACAAAUUGCACAUUAGCACACAUCAAAACGAAGUUAGACUUCCAUGUAUUAAAAGAAAAAUAAAGACUGGAUCAGCAUGCUAGAUCAGCGUCAUUCAUCAGAUAUCAGAUCCAGUUAAUUCGUCAUUAUCGGAGCCGAUACCCGAUCCAAAUACCAGAUCAGUGCAUCCCUAGCUUUAAUGACACUUUUUUGCAUUUGUUUCAAUACAAGAUAACUUUACUGUUCUUGUCUUGAAAUGGAUUCUCCUCUUUCAGUUUGGAUGUUAUGUGCUGCUUGUUUGGAUUUACACCGAGCUCCAUGAUGUAAAUGUUACCACCCUUGCAAACUCCCUCACAGUAAAUUUCACCAAAUAUAACCUGCUGCAUUCUCACAUUGGCUAAAAUUUACAAGAAUUUUGACUGUUUCCAUUUGCAGACUUUCUUGAAAAAUAAAAGACAGUUUUCUUGGAGUUCUGUGUGUGCGUGUGUGAAUACAGUGAAAGCGUUUCAUUUUCGGUCAUUUGCCCACCCUUUUUUACUUCUCUUUUUGUCUUUUGUACUUCUCCUUUUCUGAGCUCUCACUUUCUAUUCCUAGAACUGCUUCAUUUCUGCCCUUGAGAAUAAACACACUGACAGCAUUAUCUGAUUACCAUCAAUAAAAGCAGCAGCUGUAGUCAAAGUGGAGUGAAAGUAACGAUAUUCUCAUGCCAGCUCUGUUGACCAGAUGGAACAAAUGCUUUUUUUUUUGUACUAUGAAACAUUGCCAGUAAUAAUAACUCAGCAGAUGCGUACGAUCUGGACAUACCCUGUGCUGAUUGGCGUGUGCUCUGCCAUUGAUCGGGGUGUGUUUUCUUUUCUUUUCCUUCCUUCAUGCCUUUGACAUGACAGUGAGGUACUUUUAUUUUCCUGCUUGAAUGUUUAUCAGAAAACAAUUAAAUCUGACAAUAGUUUCUGCAACAAUAAGGGCGUAGUCUGUCUAUUAGACCUCCUGCUUCAGGCAUGUGAAUGUUUUUACAUCCUACUGGGGAAGAUCAUCUGUUAUAUUUGCUUAGAUUCAUGUACAAAUUACAUUUUUAUCCCGCUGUGAGCUAAAAAUUUGUGUAAAACUACACACAAGCCAGCAUGCUCACUCUUGCAUACCUAUACAUAGCACUUUAUGGAAAUGAAAGUCUUCCCUAAGCAGCUCAGGGCUGGUAUUAAGGAAAAUUAGGUCGUGUUGGCAAGGAUCAUUUAAUUGACUCUUAAGCUGUAAAUCAUUUCUCCAUAGCUGCUUUCAUCUUCUCUCAUUUUACCAACAGUGAGUGUGUAUUCACGCCUCUUUGUCUGCGGGGAAACAAGGGGUGUUUUCCCCCCAAAUGUUUUGUGCACAUGCUCAAACGUGCCUGCAUGGUUUUAAGUUGGUAGUGUGACUUUCAGGGUGCUCUUCAAAGAAAUAUCAGUUGUUUGUGAGUUUCUCCCCUUUUUCAGGCUCAGGUUAUACCCCUGAGCUUUCUUUCGGAUGAUCUGUGAGUUUGUGAUUAAUUCAAAUGCAGGUUUUUUUUUCUUUUUCUCUCUCUGACUCGCAUUAACUCCAGGCUCACUGACCACCACUCCCUUCAUUCUUUUUGAUCCUUUAUUCCGUCUCUUUUCCUAUGGACUCCCUCUCCUCAUAGCUCUCCUUUCAACUUAACUUCACGCGCUUUAUGUGACGUACCUGGCAGAUCCCCCCCCCCCCCCCCUUAUUCUGCAGUAGUUUCUGAACAACCUUCCAGUUUCUCAUCUUCUGUCUCCUCCUCUGUGUGCCUUUGACACAUCAGGUCACUUUGAAGUUGUGAGAGCUUCCCUGAAUCGCUUCUUUCUUCUUGUUCCUCUCAGGGCGAACUGACGCUGUCGUUUGAGGAUGUGGAGGAUUGUGCAGUCUGUGAAAGAUGACACCGUCCUGAUGAUGAGAAGCUGGUGAUGCUGCUGCUUAACUUCAGGUAACCACUGUUUGUACACUCAAGUCUCUGCCAGAUUUUGUGUUGAAUUACAUAAUCCGGUAACACUUUAUAAUAACUAUCUGUUAUAACUAGAUCAUUAGUAAACUGUUAACUAUCUAGUUAUUAAUGACUUGUUAAAUGUUUGUGAACAGUUUAAGGAUUUAUAAUGAUGCCUUAUAGAUAGAUUAUAUAGCAUUAAUAAACUGUUAGUUAAUGAGUUAUAAAUGACUUGAUAACUGUAUGUUAAUGAUUUAAAAGUAUACCUAUGAGUAAAUUAGUGAUAGAUCACGAACAAGCUAUUUGUAAAUUACUUACUAAUGACUUGUUUAGUGUCAGAAAAUUACGAAAAAGGCUUAGGGCCACAUGAAAAGAAAAAAAAUUACAAGAAUAAGAGUAAAAUUGAAAUUUAGAGAUUUAAGUCGACCUGAAUGAAGUGGAAAUUUCGUAACUUUAAUCCAAAUUUCGAGAUUAAAUUCUGCACAAGUGAAGACGAAAUUUUAUGGAUAAAGUCGCAAUGGAUCAACAGCAUUGUUGCUCGUCACUCGACAAAUUGUCAUGUUGUUGACUGACGGCAUCUGAGGUGCAGGUAUUACCGAAGCCGAGGACCAAAUGCGCUUUGGCACAUGGAUGGCUACGACAAAUUUCAGCCAUAGGGCAUUUUUUUCUGACUUUUUUAAAAUUUUGACUUUAAUCCAAAUUUAAGACUUUAAUCCCGAAAUGGAAAUAAAAAAAAUCUCCCUCCUGUACUUAUUUUCUUCUCUUUCUUAUUUGUUUGUUAUUCUAAAUCUCUUUGUUAUUCUUAAGUUGCAACUAUUUCUCAUUUCCUCAAAGUUAAUAAAUGAGGAAUUGUUUCAACUUUAGAAUAAUGUCCUUAUAACAUAUAUGAACUUGUAAGUGAUACUUAACAAGUCAUUAGUAUGUUAUUUACUGAUAGCUUGUUCAUGAUCUAUUACUCAUUUAUAAGGUAUAGUUAUAAAUCAUUAACAAACAUUUAACAAGUCAUUUAUAACUCAUUAACUAACAUUUCAUCAAUGACAUAUUAACCAUCUAUAAGGCAUUAUUAUAAAUCCUCCAACUGUUAACAAACACUAAACAACUCAUUAAUAACUAAUUAGUUAACAGUUUCCUAAUGGUUUAUUAAGUAGUUUUAACAGAUAGUUAUUAUAAAGUGUUACCCGUAAUCCUACCAGGUUACAUGAACAUUUUUGCUUGUUUUAGCUAACAAGAAUGAGCUCUUCAUAUUAGAUUAAACCGAUAGCUUUAGUAGAUUUUUUGGCAUGUUGGAGCAGCGUCUCUCUCUCAGCAGUUUUAGCCCACACUGAGAACCUGAUGGUGUGGGUUUGAUGAUGUGUGACUCAGAGGAUCAACUGAUCUGACAGCAGCUGACUCAGCAGCUCCAUCUGCUUAUAUAACAGAGAGCAGGAGAUGAAGGAGAUUGGGAGACGGCAUCAAAGAACCGAUAUGUCUGAUAGUUUGGGAGGUUGCGAAACGAAUGAUUUAGCAUUUCUGAGAGCAGAAAGCAGCGCAGACAAUCAGAGAUUAUUCUUUAGUAAUCGGGUUUUUGUGUGCAUGCAGUUUCAAAGUUUGACAAAUUGAAACUCAAAUUUUAAUGUCCUAGGCAGAAAAGUUACAAUGCCUUUGUUUUUGUUUCUAGAUUUUAAGGCACACUGAGUACUUAAAUGGAACAGCACCAGAAACCCUUCACAAAACCGUUGUAAGCUUCCUAUGCUCUCAAUACAUUUUAAAUUAGCCUAAUUGUCCCUGUGCUGCCCCACUUUAGUGAGCUGUCCCUGACAAAUGACCAAACUUUAGAGUCUGUUAAAUCAGCCAAAAACCUGGCAAUGCAGUUUCCUCCUCAGCUGUGGUUGCCUGAUCCCAUUUGCUUGACAGCUUAACUAUAAAGAGCAUUCAAAGACACCCUGAAUACCUUUUCAUGUAACAUGGAACUGGCAACCGAAUGCUACUCACUCAGCCGGCACACAGAUUGACCUGGUUUUCAGCCAUAAAUCUGACACGGCAAACAUACCAGAGUCAGUGGGAGGUAAGGCUGCUAAUUGGUAAUGAAUUAAAGGGUAGUGUAUAUAUCCUGUCCUUAUAAUGAACAAAAAAAGAACACAUCUAUGAAAAGGACUAAAAACUGAAAUAGAUGUCUACUGUAUAAGCUCUGUAAUAAAAAAAAAAAACAUACAAAUCACGAACUAUAAGGAAAGGCUUCUACAUUUAUAUUCAAUUACAGGGAAUAAAUCUCCUUAGAGUAAAGAGCUAACCAUGCAUUUGGUGCCAUCUGUUUAAUUGUCUUUAUAGCAGCUGCCACAGACACCUGUCCUGUCACUGUUAUUCAACAAACAUUUAGUUUUUCUUACCUUCAUCAACCAAAUUUAAGUCCAAAUAUAACUGUCUUGAUUUCUUUUGUGUUUGAAAUUUGAUAGAAUGAACUGAAACCUUUGGGCGUUGGUGGACUUCAUACUUCCCAUAACAAACAGAAACACCUCUAUUAUUAGCAUGAAUGCAAAUGGCAGAUGUAAAUCACAGACAUGGCAAAGAUGGUGUAGCAUUCAAUCAAUCAAUCAAUCAAUCAAUCAAUCAAUCUAUAAAUCUUUAUUUAUAUAGCAGAGGUUCACAACAAAUGCUUUCCCAAAGAGCAGGUCUAGACCAAACUCUUAAAUUGUUUACAAAGACCCAGUAUCAAGAUUGGAUUGAGUCUUAUCUAGUGAGAUAAGACCCGCUCUUAGCUUGUCUUAAUCCGCCAUGAGCUGAGCACUUUGCAGCAUUUAGGAAGCUAUGGUGGCAAGGAAAAACUUCCUUCCAAGAGGCAGAAACCUUAAGCAGAACCAGACUCAUGUCGAACAGCCAUCUGCUAAGGAUUGAAGAGGGUAUGGAGGGAGAUAAGGAAAGACAGUGACAGUGAAAGACAGUCUCAGUGUCAAUACUAAAUGUAGUAACUGAACUCUUUGAGAAUUCAUAUCAAACAUGGAGUAUAUCACAAUUUUAGGGAAGUGUUACUGAAAGCCUGUAAGAGGAUCAUGGUGAUGGACAUGAAUUCUCUUCUUCUAUCUACAGUUGAAUCAUGGGAAAUGUGGAGAGUCAGAAUGGGGACAGUGGUUUCUAUGGCGAUGUGACAGGACAUCUCUCCCGUAAACACACGUCCCGAUCGCUCCGUCUCUCCAAGCAGCAAAUCACCCGGCGCUCCCGUCACUCGUCUUCAGUGAAACAGGAACACAGAAACUCAGAAGCCUCGACUCGCUCCUCCAGCACCCCGAGCAUCCCACAAUCCUUAGCGGAGAGCGGACUGGAACCUUUCAACGCCACAGAUGAGUUUGGAGAAUUCGGAAUCAACCCGCACUGGACCCAACGUGUUGCUAUGACAAUGAGGCCGGAGUCCUAUCAACAUGACGAUGACCCUUUGGCUACGCCGACGCCUGAAACCUCAGAGGCAGACACUGUUGCUCAUGAUGGAGGAGAGGACUCCAUGGGUGAGGGGGAGGGGGACACUAUCGGGGAGGAAAGGUAUCUUCAGCGGAUGACUGAAGGCCCACGGGAGGGAGGGAGUUUUAAAAAGAAGAGGUCAAAGUCUGCAGACAUGUGGAGGGAGGACAGCCUGGAGUUUUCUCUGUCUGAUCUAAGCCAGGAGCAUCUGACCAGCACAGAGGAAAUGAUCGAUGGAGGAGAGGAGGAGGAGGAUGAACAGUUCACCCGCCCUCGAGGCAGUGCAGGUGAGGAUGGUAAACACACAUAAUCUUUGUAGUUCUUCCUACUUUAAACCAACAAAAAAAAUGACCAGUUAAUUCACGUAGUUACAAGAGAUGCUCCAUUACCUUUAUUUUAUCCUUUUUAUUAAAAGGGAUAUUCUGGUGUAAAAUUGAUUUAGGGUCAAACACACCUUAACACUGAGUUCGACACCCCCCCGAGAGAUGAAUGUUGCCUACCGCUAGCUUCUGUGGUUAUACCAACUUUAUUAAGGACUGCAUGAUAGCAAUACAGAGAGCCACACGCUCAGCCAAAACGCCACUUUAUAGCCACAAAUAAUGCUCAGAACAGCACCUAACUUCAUCAACAGUACAUAUAGAGUCCUAGCCACAGCACUAGCCACCAAACAUCUUUUUAGCUUUGCUUGAUUUCUUUAGGAAUGAGACUGAACACAACUCACUGUCUCUCUUCCAGCAGCCGCUUGUUUGGACGAAGACUUCCGGGCGAGUCUGUUGACUGCUGUGGGGGUGAUGCAGCUCAAGAAAGAACAUUUAUGAUCAUUUCUUAAUGGAAAUGCAAUCAGACCGAGAUGCUAAGGCAGAAGACUAUUGCGUCUGCAGUGCAAAAUGAUUAAUAUGGUGAUUAUUACUUGAAGGAAAUGAUAAAGAAAUUAUCAUUAAUGUUCUUCCUUGAGCUGCGUCACCCCGCUGCAGUCGAUGGACUCGCCUGGAGGUCUCCAUACAAACAAGCGGCUGCUGGAAGAGAGUAGGUGACUUGUGCUUAGUCUCUUUGCUAAAGAAAUCAGGCAAAGUUAAAAAGAUGUUUGAUGGCCAGUGCUAUGGCUGGGACCCUAUAUGUACUGUUGAUGAAGUUAGGUGCUGUUCUGAGCAUUAUUUGUGGCUAUAGAGCGGCGUUUUGGUUGAGGGUGUGGCUGUCUGUAUUGCUAUCGUGCGGUCAUUCCUAAAGUUGGUAUGACUAGAGAAGCAAGCGGUCGGCAACAUUCAUCUCUCGACGGGGUGUCUAACUCAGCGUUACGGUGUGUUUGACCCUAACUUUAUUUUAUGCCGGAAUAUCCCUUUAAGUUAGUAACAAUACUAAUGUCUUUAUCUGGACAGAUUCAGAAGUCAUUUAAAUCACAGCUUUUAUGUUUGAAAAAAAUAUCACGGUCAAGAUAUUAACAUAUUUUUUCCCCAGUUUUAACAUUGAUUGGGUUGAAGAGAAAUUUUCCUUAAAUGCACAAAUGGUGUAUCUGUGCCUGUAUGCAGGGGUUGUAGCUUGAUUUGAGUCCCACUGCUUGUAAUAUGGGGGGGGGUUGGAUGAAAAAAAAAUUGCAAAGACUCAGAAAAAGGAUUUCAGGAAACCUGCUGAUUGAAGGUUACCUUCCCACCGCCUCAGCUGCAGCAGUUCAGUUGAUCACAGGGUUGUUAGCUUAACAGGCACUGUGCCGGAGCUGCUGGAUUUCAGGGCAACAGCAGGCGGUAGCUGGUAACUAAAACUGCAGAGGGUGUAAGUGCCGCCCCAGGAGGCUGGCUAGCUUAGAAUAAUGGAUGGACUUGCUUCACACACAUGCACUGUUCACGCACAAAAUCAUACAGAUUCACAGAAGGACUCAGACAACCGAAGAGGAGGUUAAUUUACCCAUCAAAUUCACCAAAGUAGUCUGGCAGUAAUUGACAGUAAUCAGAAUACACUACCCUCAUCUCAGUCUCACACAAGCACACACACUGCUUAGCAAUGACCACCUGUGUGUGUGUGUGUGUGUGUGUGUGUGUGUGUGUGUGUGUGUGUGUGUGUGUGUUACAGGCUCCGCAGAAAGGGCAUCUUCUCUGGACCAUCUGUGCAGCCAGCAGAGUCCUGGCCUCAGGGGGCAGAGGAGCCGCUUCGCUAAAAACCGCAGAGAGGCAGAGUGCGACGGAGACGGAGAGGGGGAGGAGGGGCUGAUGUCUCCGACGGAGGAGGAUGGCGGCGGGUACGGGGCGUACACACUCCCCUGCCGACGCUCACACUGCCUGUCUGAAGGCUUAGCGGGACUAGGCAUCCCAACUGCGCCAUGCCCGACUUUCCAAGGACGCCGUGCGCAAACUACUCAGGUUAGGGCACACUUAAUGAAUGAAUGUAUAAAUGUAGACUACAGAUACUGACCAGGUUUGAGGUCUUAACUUAUUUACCACCAAGCCAACAAUGUGACUUUUAUGACUUUUAGAUCUUUUUAAACACUUCUCAACAGUAGUAUCCUGGAAGAUUCUUUAAAACCAUUCAGAUUCAGAGACAUUUCCUGUGUGCAGACUCUCUUGUUGUGCACGGGCCUUUGCACUGUCAAGAGUGCACGAUUAUUUAUGUUGUGGAGAAAGGGAUUACAAGGAGUCAGAUAGAAAGUUGCUGUGGGGCUCCUUGUUCAACGUUGGCCUGGUUUCUGCAUCGCCCCUCCAGGAAUUAAAGCAUUAAAGCAUAACUCCACGCUCUGUUCACUCACCACACACACUGUCCCAACAUGCAUGAAGACAUACGAACAUAGUGUGGAGUCUUACGAAAGCACAUUGACUUAAAGUGAAUGAGAAAGAAAAGUAACGUGGGAAUAAUUCGACUUGAGAUUUCAUCAAAACACGUACAUCUGCUUCCUGUAAUAUUCAUUUGCCAUUGAUUAAAAAAGUUUCCAAAUGGGAAGUGAAUGCUAAAAAUGUGAAACAGGCUUUUCUUUCAACUUCUUUCCCACAACCCCAAGCACCCUUGGAUGGCAGAGCACCCUAAGUGUUCAUUAUAAAUUCAUCUCGCCAGGCUGAGGGGGUUGUUAGCGUGGAUAUAAAUAGAUCCACAACACAGCAAAACAAAGAGAAAAAGAACAGAGGGAGUCUCGGUUUGGUGAAAGUAAAGUGUGAAAGCUCUGAGAAUAUUUAAUCCAGAGUGAAAAGUUUCGUUUGAGCAGAAAUGCACUGGAAAACAUGUGCACCACAUACAUACAAACACCCCGAAUCAGGUCAGGUUUUCUUAUAAUUCAUAUGUCAAUUUCACACUUUUUUAUUCUUCUUUCAGGACAUCUCAGGUGUUUUGGGUGAGGGCAGUGAGUAUGGUGACAGUGGCAUCGACGGCGUCACCACAGAGACGGAUGGAGAUGGCGAUCUGGUGACAAGGCGCUGCAAGGCCAUGUCAGCUUCUUUCUCUGUUUACUCAGCCACCGAGAGCAGCGUUUUCAAUGGGAGCGACAGCGGGAGCAGCAGCACCGGAGGUGGUGAGGGUCGAGGCGGAGAGGGAGUCAGGGGAGGAGUGUAUGAGAAUUUUCGCAAGGAGCUGGACAAUUUAGCCUGGGUUAGCUGCUUUUGUAACCGCAUUGUUCUGUUCUUAUAUACAUUAUAUCUACAAACUGGUGGAUCAAAUGUUUGUCAUCACUCGGCUUUCUAUCACUUUCUCGUUAGACACAGCAGGGUCGGGACUUCACGGAAGAGGCUGGCUCGGCUGUGAGUGACGAGCAAAGCAGCGGCACACUGAGUAGUGCAUAUCCAUCUGACAAUUUGCUCGGCAGCGCUCAGGGGACGGUCAGAAAAGCGGGGGCUCUGGCUGUGAAGAACUUCCUGGUUCAUAAGAAGAACAAGAAGGUGGAACCUGCAACGAAGCGCAAGUGGAAACACUACUGGGUCUCCCUGAAAGGUGUUGCAAUUUUUUUUGAUUUUGUUCUAUACUUGAAACUUGGACUAAAUGAUUGUUUUAAAACGUGAAGGAAUUGUAUAUUUGAAGAUGGCUGGAAGUGGCAAAUUUCUCAGAGUCUACUAUUCUCUAGUACGGUAAACUGAAAUGAAUACGUUGUACAUUAUGGACCUAAAACAAGACUAGAAAAGCACUCGGAGAGCACAGACCUCCGCCAAGCAGCUCAUGUCCCUCCUUAAACAAGAAAUGCCCUGACCAGGUUUCAAACCCAGGACCUUCUGGUUGUGAGGUGACAGUGCUAACCACUACACCACUGUACCACCUAUCUACACCACUGUGCCGGCCAUUGGUUAUCUUUCAGCAUUGAAAAUUCCAAUGACACCCUUAUUUUUGUGUGUUCUGGAUCACAGUAUCCAGAAUUUUGUCCUGAUCACCACCAAAGUUUAAAUGGAUCCUCCUGGGGCUGAGACGCACCUCUGGUGAAAGUUUCAGGUCAAUCCGUCUGUUACUUUCUCCGUAAAGUUGCUAACAGACAAACACAAACAAACCAACGCUACAGAAAACAUAACCCCUGUGGCGAACUGUUUCAGACUAGAAAUUCAUCUAAAAUGAAAUGUUACACCUUUAAAGCUCAUUCUUUAGUUAGAAAAAGAGCACAACAAAAAGGACCUGACAGAUUAUACCUGCAACAUUUAGGUUACUAAAAGUGCAAAUAAUAUAAAUAAUAAUAUUAGGGACAAAAAUGUUUAUCUCAACAAAACCAUCCUGAUGUUGUGUCACUUAAGACACACAUCUCAUUCUGACCUCAUGCUGUAUAAUCUCUUACUCGGGUUCUUCUGUUAUUCUGUAAUCAUAUCAGCCGCUGCACAGUCCGUGCCCUUGGUUGUCACCUCGACUCUUCCCUCCCACAGUCUCCUGUGUGUGGUCUUACAUCUCCUCUCCUCAGCCUCAUCACAAUUUAAUUUUCUGGCAGCAACCGUGUCUAAUCCAAUCUCAUCCUUGUGAAAUGCACAAGAUAUAGCAUCUGCAGCUGCCUUCUGCCUGCCCACUGUCCUUAUGUCUGUCGUAUAUAAUCACAAUAUCAUGCUCAAAAGCCCCUGUUUGAGUUGGUUGUUUCGAAAUAAUGAAAUAAAACUGCAAAUGAACCGCUUAGACUUUCUCUGAGUUUUUACCUCUUUGUUUUUUUCUCCUGUCUUCCUCCAGGCUGUACUCUCUUCCUAUAUGAAUCAGACUGCCGCAACGGGAUCGAUCAUAACAGUGUUCCCAAACAUGCACUGUGGGUCGAGAAUAGUAUUGUCCAGGCCGUACCUGAACACCCCAAGAAAGACUUUGUCUUCUGCCUCAGCAACUCAGUGGGAGAUGCUUUUCUUUUUCAGGUGAGGGACACAUCCACGGGACAUGUAUCAGUGUAAACGCGUUAAGUUACAGACAUAAACAUAGCUUUGUUGAGUCAGUUAUUUGUCUUGUUUAAAACCUUGAAAUGGCUGGAGAUUGAAAUAGACCCAGUGUCCCUUAGGAGAUUUGUGUGUGUGUCUGUGUGGCCCACAAUACAUGACAUUUUGCCAUGAGUGGGAGAUAAGCCAGUCGGCCAGUCUGUGUGUUUGUUAUAUGUCUGACAUGUUUAAAGGCCACACUGUCAUUCUGUGACAGUGAUCCGCCGCACUGACCAUUGUGCAAGGUUAACAUGUGUCUAUUUAUAUUCAUGGCAGCUGUCCACAGUGGCAUUCAAUCAAUGAAAGGGGAGAUAAAUUAUAAAAUGAUGAUGAGAUUAUAAUGACCACCUCGUUACAGACGCUAAUAAUGGGAUCCUGGUUCAAUUCCCUUAGCUGCCAAUUCCUCGAUUUGUUUUCCUCCUAACCUGUUUUUAAGUUCCUUGACUGAUUCAGCGAAAAGUCACCAAUUUUUUUUCUCUUCUUUUUUUUAGACGUCAGGCCAGACUGAAUUGGAGAACUGGAUCACAGCAAUCCACUCCGCGUGUGCGGCCGCUCUGGCUAGGCAGCAUCACAGGGAGGAUACCGUACGACUGCUACGAACCGAGAUCCGCAAGCUGGAGCAGAAGAUCGACAUGGACGAGAAGAUGAAGAAGAUGGGAGACAUGCAGCUGUCCACCGUCACCGAUGGGAAGAAGAGGAAGACGAUACUGGAGCAGGUAUGAAGGAAGGCUGAUAGAAGUAUUGUUGUAGAAUUGAACUGCAAAUGGGUCACACUUGACGUACAUGUGAUGCUGAUAUGAACCACGUUUGUGAUCACAUAUUGAGCACCCCGCUGAGCAACAGCGGUCCUCAGCCGAGUCGAGGUGGAAAAAACACCUAGGGGUCUCUACAGAUGCUCAUCUUUGUACCUUUGAACCGCGCUGUACGCUGUCACGCUGUCACGCACUGAAUCUCUGCACUAAAUCAUCCUCACUGCAUGGCGUCAUCCUCGCAAAUGUUCUGAGGAUGUACUUGCAAAGACAGAUGGUUUCAAAUAUUCCAACUGGUGCUCAUUAUAAACACAUCCAAGAGCGGGGAAAUGCCGAAUAUUUCAAACACAUGUCGAAACCCAUGCGAUGCACACAUUAGCAAGCAGGUGAACCCGAAAUCUCCCUCCCUCCCCUGCUAAUCCUUCCUCAUUUUGAUGGAUGUUUUGAAACAAGUCGCAGCUGGAAUUUCAAAACUCCUCUUACAUAAGGUCUGUUCACUUUCAGUCAGUCUUGAGCUUAUUCUAAUACUCCACGCAUGUCUGGAGCCGGAUGACAAAGCAGCAUUGCAUGUCAGCAUUGCAUGACAAUUUAGGAAUGUGUUACGCACAAAAAAUAAGAGGCCUCUUGUUUGAGUGAGCUGCCAUAUUUUCCUGCGUGUGUGGUAUAUGGCUGACAGUCAAGAGCAGAAAGGAACGACAAUAAAAGCUCCAAGAAGUAGUUAAAUUUAAUCAUGCAGAACAUUUCCUUUCUUUUUAAACGCAGGUUUGUGAUUGCCAUCUUUAAAGCCACAUGAACUAAGAUUUAGGGAUCAAAGCGGGGUAGAAAAAGCUUCAUCUGAGUGGAUGAUUGUAUAAUUAUCUGACUUCUUUUAAGAUCAGUAUCUUGAACUACUUUAAUCCCAAAAUGCGCCUGCAUAAAUAAACAGACCUGCGAGCUUUGUUAUGCUUCAGACUGAAAGAAAUGAGUGUUUGCUUUCAUUUCUCCUGGAAUAAUCAGGUAAAAAGAGGAAGCAGAGAAAAUUGGUUAAGUCCAGUUUGUGUUUCAUUUCGAGUGUUUGUGUGUGUGUGUGUCACUGUGUUCCACCUCCCACGGCCAACCCUGUGAUACAUAGCACAUAGCACAGCAGGUCGAGGACUGGUGGGGGUAGUGUUGGUGAGUAAUACCUCUCUACAGGGACUUCAGCACUCCCACAUCUCACUCCUCCUGAACUGAUCAAAAAACAAUCUGAUGGAGAGAUUAACGAUGAAUAUUGCAUCUUUUUCUGUGUAGAAUAUUGUACUUUUUUUUUUUUGUGCAGGAAUUCCUCAGAUGACAUUUGGAGAAAUAAUUCACACUUGUCUUCUCUCUGGUAGAUCUUCCUGUGGGAGCAGAACUUGGAGAGGUUUCAUAUCGAUCUGUUCCGCUGUCGAUGCUACCUAGCCAGUCUGCAGGGCGGCGAACCUCCAAACCCCAAACGCCUGCUGGGCUUCGCUUCCCGUCCCACCAAGCUGGCUAUGGGACGACUGGGCAUCUUCUCAGUUUCUUCCUUCCAUGCUCUGGUACGAUCUAAAAAAAGUCCACCCACCCUCUUUAAAAUUCACAGUACACUUUCUAGCUAUUCAUUCCAAAGCUUGCUGAAAUUUCAUACCACUGACUCCAUAACUCAGUUUCUGUCCACAUGUCUCUACAAGUUCCUGUUCAAUUUGUAUGAGGUUCAUAAAUCCUGACUCUCCAUACCAUCCUAGGUUGUAAAGUAGGCAUGUUUAUUUGACAGUGUGCGCACCUUGUCACAUACUGUACACCGACUGAACGCAAGAAUUUUGGCUUGUCUGACAAAUGUGCAAACUGAAAGACAGUGAACGUAGCCUGGGGAUAAAAUAGACUAAACUUUAGAGGAGCGAACAAAAAAGUAGAAUAAAGUAUAAACAGUAUACUGGAUUAGCACACUCGCUGCUACUUGGGGCUGUUUUGGAAAUCCUUUGCAGCUACUCUCAGAUGCUAAGUUUGGAUGUAUUGGUUUACUUUGAUUGUUUGAUUUUAAUGCCUGAAAAAGACAAACAACCAACAUUAAGUUACAUGACAAAACUAUAAAAAGCUUCAGAUUUAAAUAGUUCAAGGUUCACACACUUGAUGCGUUAAGUACCCACUGAGCAAUAGACGGCUAUUAGACGUCUGGGUUUUUUUUUAGACCUAAUUUCAACCGUCUAGAUUCUGUAUAUUUUUAGACAGAAUCUAGACGGUUUCACUUUUACCCAUUAUUCGAUAACUAUUUAACUCAAAAAGCAACUGUGAGUUGCAUAACUGAUCUCCAAGUACUUAACCAAAAUAAUUAUGGUAGCUGUUGACCAAUAUACAGUGUGAUAUAGAUAUCACUCAAAUUUAGACUUGGUCUAAACUUGGUCUUAAUUUAUACAUCUAAAAAAUGUUCAUUUUUAGACCUGUGGUAGCCUGAUUUUAGACCAGUCAUCUAGGCUACAUUUAGACGUCUAUUAGACCUCUCUUAGUAAAAAUGCUCAGUGGGUAAUGCCUUACUUAAAUAACUUUGGGAAACAUUUCCAAGCUCUCAGAUCAGAGGCCCAAUAAAAAACCUCAGUAAAUCAAACAGCAGCUGCAAGAUCAUUGGAUUUUACUGAGCUGUUGCCUCUGUGCUUUUUUAAUAGUUUAAGAUUGACUCUGGUGAAGAGUUUAAAACUAAGCUUUAUCCACUCUACUGUUCUCCACUUUGACAACUCUAAGUCAAAAACAAACACAAAUGUUCUCACUCCAGAGAAUGGCAAUGCUUUAAAUCCCUUCGCUCGUCUGCUGCUCCUUGUCAGGAUGUCUAAAUUUAAAGAGACAGAUACCUGCCCUCAUUAACAUACCUGCACGCUCACUGUCAUCACCUCUCACAUUCAGAUCAUUGUCUCCACAGACUUACCGAAUGUUGACUGAUUUAGCCUGUGGCUAAAAGCCAGAUCGUGAGCUCAGUGUCUGCACUGUGCUCAUACUGUCACCUUCAGCGUUUCAAGAAUGUACAGAAUGAAAAGUUAGGACAUGAUGAUGUGGCCAAGAAAGGAAGUACAGAGCAGUGAGAGGAAGGUGAAAACAAUAUUUCUGUAGAGAAGUCCAUCAAAUGUACAACAAACACACGCAUAUCCACACACACACUCAUGCACACAACAUCAGAGGUUCCUGGUGUUUUUUUUUUUUUGUGAUUGGUGAAUCAAUACGGACUCUGUUAGUAAGCUGCCAUCCCUGAGGCACUUUCCCACAAACAGGCUUAACACUCUGCUCUAUUGACCCCCCUCCUUAUACUGCCUACAACCUCCCAUCCUUUGUCUCUCCCUUCCUGUGUUUCCUACUUUAUCUCCUGAAGUCUCUCCUUCUCCUCCUCUCCUUUCUUUACACUCUUCUACUCUCCAUUUUAGUCUAUUGCUAUUCUUCGUAUUCUUCCUCUCCAGGCCCAAUAUUACUUUCUCUUCACUCCCUUUUAACUUGCAUCACUGAAUACAUGUCAAAAUCUACUAAAUGUGCAUAUUGAUAUCUGAGGACAAUUUAGAAUUUGCCACAAAUCACUGUAUAAUCCCACUGAGCAUUUUUUGAUCUCAAAGAGGUCUAAUAGAUGUCUAAAUGUAGCCAGAUGACUGGUCUAAAAUCAGGCUACCACAGGUCUAAACAUGAACGUUUUUUAGACGUCUACAUUUAGACCAAGUCUAAAUCUGGGUUAUAUCUAUGCUACACUGUAUAUUGCUCAUCGGCUAUAUUGGUUAAGUACUUGGAGAUCAGUUAUGCAACUCACAGUUGCUUUUUGAAAUACCGGUAAAUAGUUAGCGAAUAAUGGGUAAAAGUGCAACGUCUAAAUUCCGUCUAAAAAUAUACAGAAUCUAAGCGGUUGAAAUUAGGUCAAAAAAAAAAAAAAACUAGAUGUUUAAUAGCUGUCUGUUGCUCAUUGGGAUGAACUGAAAAAUGAGCAAAGAAAAGAACAUGGUGAUCAAUUUUUGGCUUUUUUUGACUGUAAUCUGAUAGAAAGCUCAAUUUCUUCUCUUCAUCAAUUCUUUAUGACAUUCAUUGUUCAUGACCAAAAGUCUGAUCUAAUCAAAGAUGACUGUAAACUGCCUCUUGCGCCUAGCUUACGUAAGAAGAGUCUUGAAGACAGUUUGACCUACAAUAUUUGACGUGUGUUUGUCCCAUGGGGAGUGACGGGUAGAACACCAAUAAACUCACACCCACGCACCAGCACUAUGUAUGCACAUACUUAGAACACACACUGUGCAUUAGAGUAUAUAUAUCUAUGGACCAUAUAGUGAGUCAGAUCUGCUCUCAUAGCUCAGUGGUUCAGUUCGAAUUAACCCAGAACUGCCGGGAGUGGUUUCUCAUUCAGCAUGUUGUGGGUCACUGAAAGACAUGAGAGGUUGAAAGUGUUCGGUAAGAGCCAUUAGCGUCAACUGUGUAGCUGGAAAUGUGUGUUUUAAUGUGUCAGAUUGAGUGCAAGAAGGGAUGCAAAAACAGGAUAGUAAGGUGAGAAAAGGAUAAACUUUAUCAUCCCAUAAGUGAAGGAUGUGUCUUGUGCUGCUCAUCCAUUUAAAAAACAACAACAUCAUGAUACAAUACAGAAAAGAUUGAAUGACCCUGAUGGUUUGUAAUACAUAACAGGGUGCAAACAGACGUCCACUGCUGUCAGGGGUGUUAUAGGACUCCAUGAUGAACAUUUUUCCAUUAGAUUCAUGUGCUCUGUUUCGUUCUUUCUCAUAGGUUUCAGCACGUACAGAAAGCAGUCUCAGGAAGCGAAACCAGGCCGUGCCUCGAACUUUCAGUAAACGCAGGAGCCGGUUCUCCUCUCUCUGGGGUCUCGAUACCGCUUCAAAGAGGAAGACAGCAGGACAUCCUUCAAUCAACCAGGUUAACAGCCAAAGAGAUACUUUAUAUUCAAGUUUGAAAAUGUUGAAUGUGGAAGUUUAAUGAUUAUUCCUCUGUAUGAGAUUUCUUUAAAUGUAAUUGUUUCCUGUGUUGUUUUAGGUGUUUGUUGACAGGAUGGAGCAGACGAGGAAGCCACUGGAGCGCAUGUUUGAGGACUCGGCCAGUGAGAAAUCUGUAAGAGUCUUUACUGCACUUCCUUUUGAAAAACUUUCACUUUUAAUAAAGCGCCCAAUCACCCACACAUUAGUCAUAUCAAGAUGACAAAGGCACUGUAAACUUUAAUGUUUAUACAGUAAUAAUCUUAUUUAGGCUCAAUUCAAAGUUCCCUCCCUCUUUUCUGCUCAAACAUUCACCCCUGAGAACCGAAGCUCAGCUUAUUCCUUGUCAUUGUUUCCUCUCUGACAGCUUACAUGAAAAUCACUGGAGCAUCUGAUGAACUUUUGUUCCUGUAUGAUAGCUUUUUGUCUCCUUCAACCCCGAGGCCAGCCACAUGACUGUUUUUUUCCAUCUCCCUUUUCUUCGCUGUGAUCUGUUAAGUGCUCCAGCUCUUCGUUUAGGGGGUUAUCUUGGGAAGGCACAAAACCCCUGAACCCUUCUGCAUCACUAAGCAUUUCUUUGAGGUCAUCUCAAGCUUAAAUGUUUCCAGACAUCUGCAUCCUUUUUAGCUGCAGAUUGAAAGGAGAAAUUUGGCAGACUAUGAAAAUUUUAAAGGCUUCUUGAUGUUAUCAGAAUUUAUUUGUGUUGAACAACCUUUUCUUAUUCAUCAAAGCUCUUCUUCCUCAUAACGGUACAGGAAAAGCUUAGGCUCUUUUCUUUUAUUUCAGACUGCUCUCUUUGUUUUCGCUCUCUACAUUUCUGCCUUGUCAAAAGCGACCCUCGAACCACUGUCAACAUUUUCUUCUUUUUAUUUACCCUCUCUAUCAGCAUCCUAGUGUUUGGACUGGAGGGAUAUUCCUACCAGCUAAUCCCACUGAGGCAAAUUUGAUUUGACGUGUUUAGAUCAUUAGUUUUCUGAUGUUUUGACAAAUUACACACACAUUUGCUUCCAUAGGAGUUCCACACCAUCUGUGCUUCCGCAUGUCUCUGUUGUGCUGACCACACAUUAGAGACAUUUUCAGACGAUGAAUCCUCACUUCAAAGAGAAAAAUAGAUGAACCGAGGCCGCUAUAGGACCGUAGGUUUCCAGUAGUCCUUAUCACAGCCUGGAAAAUGAUAAAUUAAUAUGAACUGUGAGUAGAAAUGUCCAAUUACCUAUGGGUUGUGCAAGGACAAGCAUAGAGGCUCUAUAUUUUAUAAGAGUUGGUAAAAGGCUGCAGAGAUGAGAAAGUGAGGGGGAAGAGAAGCCUCUGUCUGAACUCAGAAAAUAGAAGAAAACUCUGCAGCGCUAACCUACUCUGACUGCAGGGGCCCCCAGUGGCACCAUAGGAAAUUGAUUUCCUUCCACCCACGCCCUCGCUUCUGCUGGCAGGGUAUGGGAUGACAUUAAAGAAAUGCAUUGCAUGCAACAAGCUCCGGUCGGUCGGUUGUAAGACAGAUCUGGAAAUGCUGCAUCAGUAGCACCGCGGCGCGCAUCUUCAGCAAAUUCAUUCCAAGUGUUCACAUCUGAUGGCUUUAACUCUGUUUGUUCUGGGGAAUCCCACUGAUGGCAUGGAAAACAAGGGGGAAUGGGGGAGAAAUCAAAUUUAGUGCUCUGCCGAGGACCCCCGCCCCCUUCUGCAGAGGCAGCGUGGUUGGGCCAGGAGGGGAGCCAGAUGGUGCAGAGCAGGGCUGGGGAGUUGAGGGAGAUGGGGGGCGGUACUAGUUCUGGGCCCCCUAGUCUGUUGUCUGUCUGAGAAAAUGUGUGUUUUUCUAUUUAACCAUGUUUUGUUUGUACAUGUGAACUUGUGUUAUGUUUGUACAAAAUUGUGCUUUUGCUUAUAUUCGACUCCCCCUGUCUUCCCCUUUGUUUAAAUUUCGCAUAAAUUCAAACACACACUCAUACAUCUUCAUCAGGGUCAUCUAAACAGGGACCACCGGGCCAGAUUGUUAACAGUCAGCAGAUUGUGUGGCACAAAUGAAAGAUGGGGAGGAGGGAUAUGAUGGAACGAUGCACAGAUAGGAGAAAAGGGGCACCAGAAGGAGAGGGAGCUAUUAGUGGGGGGAGGAUGAAAGAAUAAAUGAGUGUGUGGAUGCUGUUACCUGAAAGGAGGAGAUAAGGUAUCAGUGACAGACAGCGUGAGGUCGAGUAGAAAAGAAGAGCGUGACAGAAUCCGAGCAGAGAGGCUGACAUAGCUGCCAGAUUGUCGAGGGUCAGACUGAUGGGUUUAAAGGUUACAGAUUAUGAUUCUGACAGAGUGCACUGACACAUGAAACCGCAAAAGCACCAACAUACAGUAUGUAACAUCCACCCACACAGAGAGACAAUUCUCUCAGUGGGAUCUCAUCAACAUAAAUGAAUCAGAUCUCAUAAUCAGAUCUCCUGAUGCUUUCAGGGCCUGCCUCCAGCAUAUUAGCCCAAUCAGUCGAAGCAAAUCUGCGUUUCUUUGGUCAACAAGAUGGGAGAUAAUCCUAAAUUAGGCAGAUUAUUACAUGAACUCAGAUAUUCUCAUCUUGGAUACCAGAAUCGGGAACUAAAAGGUUUUUAAGAUAACUCUGAAUUUAUUAUGAGGUGCCUUCUGUUUUUUCCCGAACACGAGGGCUGCUGCUCAAAGAUGCAUAAAGCUCUGGUGUGUUUGUGUGCUGUGUGUUUUCAGAAAGAGAGAGAGGACUCAGGGAAAAGUCUUUCUCAGCAAAAUGUAGAGAGCGACAUCUGGGUUCCUGAUUACCUGACUCCCUCCUGGGUGUGUCUGCCAAACAAUCAGCCCGUCCUGGCCAUCGUGCAACCCGGUGAGACGACGCUGGAAGUUCUGAGUGCUGUGUGCAAGGUGAGCCACUGGCAAAAAACACACUUCAGGAGCGUGUUUGUCGGUUACACAAACUGAUUUAUUUACACUGCGAACAAGUGUUUGUUUGACAAUUAUGAAGUGGCAGGUACACUGUUUUUAUUGGAAAACAAUAUUAAAAACAACAUUUAAGAGAUGCCAAGCACUAAGUACAAAAUAGUUGUCUCCUUUCCUUUUUGUGUUUGAACUAUACAAUUGAAAAACACCUUCCUCUAAACCGUCAACCAUCCUAUAAUGUCAGAAAAAGACAGAAAAAAAUGAAAGUGAUUAAAAAAAAGUCAUGAAAGUGUAAAAGAAAACAAUUCCAGAAAAAGAGUAAUUAAAGGGAUAUUCCGGCGUAAAAUUAAUUUAAGGUCAAACACACCACAACACUGAGUUAGAAACCCCCUCGAGAGAUGAAUGUUGCCGACCGCUUGCUUCUCUAGUUAUACCAACUUAAGUAACGACCGCAGGAUAGCAAUACACAGCAAUCUGAGGAGCCAUAAACAAACCUCAACCAAAACGCCACUCUAUAGCCACAAAUAAUGCUCAGAACAGCACCUGAUCAUGAUCAUAAAUGUUCUUCCUUGAGCUGCGACACCCCGCAGCAGUCCAUAAUGGACUGGCCCGUGGUCUCGCUACAAACAAGCAGCUGCUGGAAGAGAGUGGGUGAGUUGUGUUUAGUCUCUUUGCUAAAGAAAUUAGGCAGAGUUAAAAAGGUGUUUGGUGGCUAGUGUUGUGGCUGGGACCCUAUAUGUACUGUUGAUGAAGUUAGGUGCUGUUCUGAGCAUUAUUUGUGGCUAAACGAAUUUUACGCUGGAAUAUCCCUUUAAAGCACCUAUCGGGGACUUUUGAAUUUUGGUGUUUUUGGCACCCCCUGUGGAUAAAAUUGCAAUCUUGUUUUUAUACUGAUCUUGCCUUGUACAUUCGUUAAUUGGGUUUUCAUGUGAAAAUUCAUCCUGCUGUCUUUGCAUGGUCAAAUGAAACACUCAUUGCCGAGUAAAAUAUUAAAAAAGCAGUUUUUGCAGCGUGUCAUUAUCCCUUCAUGUGACACCAGCAGCAGAGUUUCAGGCAUUAAAAACAACCACAGAGUAAAAGAUUUUUAGUUGAAUAUGGUGUCACUUGCUUUUGUAGCUCAUAAAGAGGUAAUAGUAGAAAUAUCAGGGCCUUUCAGAACCAGCAAAAACACCUCACAGGAGCUUUAAAUAACACAAAGAGACGAGUGGUGAGUUGCUGCAUGUAGGAUCUGUUACAUUACAGAGAGAAAGCAUUCAUAUCUGAGUUCAAAAGCUGCUAUAUUUCUAAGAAAUUGUCAGCUGAGCCUUUAAAGUAGUAUUUCACCCUUCACAGUGAUAGAAAUUACUUACCCAGGAUGAAAUUAGAGGGAGCUAGUUUAAGUGUGUGCUACCUUUCACACAUAUGAACAUAAAGAACUAAUUAAUUGUACAGCAAAAAUGAUAACAGUCUGGAAAACAUGCAAAUAAUUCAUCGAAACAGCUUUGUCAAACACAUGCAAUCAUGAGGAGCAAACGUCAUCAAACUGCACGCAGCUCUGUCAAAUUAGUUUAGAAUACUGUGAGUACUUACAUAAGCAAAAACCUCACUUCUUACCAUCUGUUGACGGCUAAAGACAGGCAAGGAUGGAAGACUCAAGUUUUCAUGAUUCACUUCAGGAUAAUGGGUAAACAGGGCAGAUAAUGAGAUGCAGAUUAUCAUAGGCUGUCCUCUUCAACAUCAAUCUGAAUAUAUAUAUAUGAGGGAAUACCUCAGAUGUGGCACUGUGUGUAGCACUUACUGGAAAGCAGAUACAACAGCACAGCAGAUACACUGACUGUCACUUUGUUUCUUUGACAUAAAGAUAUACUAACUCUGUCUCGCACUUGAUAAAUUGAUUCCCACGUCAGAGGCAUGCUAGAAUAAGGAUUCCUGAUGAGAUGCACAUUUCCUACGAAGACAUAUAUUUAAAUCUGAUCAUGAAGUGUAUGGGCACUUUACUGCAUGCAUGCCAUAAACAUGUCACAAGAAACUGGAGCGUCUAAUUCACAGUCCCUUGAGCAUUACAUGCAUUCAGAUAUACAUUUAUCACAUGCUUGGCUGGAUACAUACUCUAUAUCCAUCUGUGUCCUUUUGUUAGGGGAUUUCAUGAGCUAUAUAAGUGUGGUAAUAAUAAAGAAAAUGGUGUUUUGACAGGUGGAUUUAACGCAGUACUCAUAUGUUCCAUUGAAAGAAAAGCUUGGCAUCCAUCGCAGGGAAAAUAAACCACGAGUAAUUAGAGUGGUUAUGUCUGUCAUACUUUGAAAAGAGGAAUAAAUACGAUGCUUACAGCUGCCAAUUUUUGGUGUUUCAUGUUUUCUUACUCACUGCUUUCUAGACGCACAACAUAGAUGCUUCAGGCCACUACUUGCGUUUGAAGGUGUGGAUGGACAACCAGACACUCUUUUAUGUCCCCAAGCUUGAAGAGGAAAUCUCUGAUCUGGUGAGAAAACACACUUAAGCACUCUGGUAAUAACUUAUAAUGAUGUCUCUGAUUGUAAAAGGGAAUGUCCCCGUUUUAGACUCUGGAUACAAAUACUUUUCUCAACCAUUCAAGAAACCGAAGAUGGUUCAUGAACCGCAUGUGAAAAACUUAUUUUCCUGGAUUGCUGUCCCAUUGGCAUUAUGGGAGCUUCACCUUAUCAUUAAUUAUUUUAGUUACAUUUCUUGCAGGAAUAGAAGCUUGUUGCAUGUUUUAUGACUCGGUUGCAGAUUUGAUUUGCGGUGCAUACAGAAUUCCCAGGAUGCACAAGAAGCUUCAUCACAUAUGCUAUAAAUUAUGCAUAAUAUAUUCCGACUGUAUUAUGUGCUCUCAGAACUGCACUCGAUUGUGUUAGUACUCAUAUUAUUCAUAAAACAAUCACUCUUAUUGAAAAAAGACCCCGCCCUCACAUUAUCCAGACACAGUAAACCCCAAAACAUAUUCUCUCUGUGACGGCUCUUUGUAGGUGAUACACUGAACUCUGCCUCAAAGCAAAGUCAUAGUAUAACUCCCUCUUUUUCCUCAAGAGGCCUUUUAUCCUCCUGCUUUGAUCAGUGACUCAUUUCACCCUCUUUCAUCCUUAGUCUAUGAUAUGACAUUAUUGUUUCUCCGCGGUGAAGCCCACUACACACAGCAGACUUCUGUUCCUGUCUGUUGCUUCAUACACACAGCUGUGUCCCUGCUCUCGCCCCGCUGUGAGGUCAAAAUCUCAUCUGAGCACCCACUCGCUUCUCAGACUAGACCUGGGUUUUGACCCCGUAACCUUCACAUGUGAUUGCUCAGUUAAGGAGCUUGAAUAAAACAUGAAUCUAUCCAUUCUUUAUUAAGACUGAUAACAUGACCUUGACUUUCCUCAUGCAGCAACACUACUUUGCUUCUAUUUUUUUGCCAAUUAACUCGUCUGUUUUUGUGUUUGCAGCUCUACAAAGAGAUUGAGAUUUGCCCCAAAGUCACAAAGGUGAUCCGCUUUGACAAAGCCGAGUCGUCUACCAUCGGAUACGGUAUGCUUGGUGACCGAACCCUAUUUUGAAGUAGAUAGACUUAGUUUCUGCAAACCCAUAAAUUCUGCAUGAAAUUGAUUUUGUAAUAGACCUCAUUGAGUCAUGCUUUGUUAACGACUAGAGGGGGGUCGCACAGUGUGAGCCCAUUUUGUCUUAAGUGGAUCAAAUCGCUCGGUAGUUAUUCAGCGGCAGAGCACUAUGUCAAAUUAAGAUAUUGCAAAAAGACGAUGAGAGCUGAUGGCUGAAUCUUUCCCUUUGUCUUAUAUGCACGUCUACAGGUUUUUCUGUGGCGGUUAUAGAUGAGGACGGGACGCAGCAGCUCCAUAUCACUGAAGUGAAAGCAGAGGGACUGGCCUCAGCUAAAGGUGCGUUUAUUUCUUUUUGGUUACACUUUAAAUUAAAGUCAUUGUAAUAAGCUUUAAUUAAUCAUUAAUAGGCCACUUCUAAGACCCUUUGACUUGCUUAUAAACAUUUAUAAGCAUCAAUAAGUGUUAAUUAAAGCAUAAUUAACACAGUUAUUACUGCAAAUAAGACACUUAUAAGACAUGACUGCUUAUAAAACUUAAUGAGACACUUUCCUUCUUUUAUCUAGCUGCUACAAAGAAGCAUUGUUAGCUGAUUUUUUAAUCCGUACAGAGUAUUAAUCUUGACCUUUUAUACAUUACAGUAAAUCAAAGUCAUUAAGUGGUCUUUAAACUGUUAAUAAAGCAAGUGCUUAUAGUGGAGCCCCCAAGGAAAAAUAAAUGCUGGUUCUAAUUAUAAUUUAGGACCAUACAGUUAUAUUUAAGUUUAUAACAUCCUAUUCAAUUCUUAAAGCUGUACACACUAUAAGUUACCUGCAGGUGUUUUACCAUAUUGAUCUUAAAUCAACCCUUUUUAAGUGUAAUUAAUGUGUUAAACACUAUUUUUAUGUUUAUUACUCAUAUCUAAACUGAUAACAAGUUUCUAAUGAGAGUCCUUAAGUGUCAAAAAGCAAUAAUAAACAUGUUAAUUAUGCUUUUAUUAACAUUCAUAAAGGUUUAAAAUUACUAUAUGAGGUUUUAUAAGGGGCUUAUUAACUUUUAAUCCAUGUUUAAACAAGAACUUAAAGGGAUAUUCCAGUGUAAAAUUAAUUUAGGGUCAAACACACCGUAACACCAAGUUAGACACCCCCUUCAAAGAUGAAUGUUGCCGAUCGCAAAUACAUCUUCUUGAAUGGACUUUUCACACUCAACACACCUGUUUUUAAAAAAGCACCUGAAACCCACAUGGCAUUCUCUCCGAGCACUGCUGUGUGACUGCAUUUCAUCAUCUGAUAAGACGACGGAGAUAAAUUCCUUUGUCUGACGGAGAGAAAAAGAGAGAGAGAGAGAGAGAGAGAAGGAACACAAUACACACUUAGUCUUUAAAGCUCAUAAGACAAUGCCUAAAAAUAUGGAGGUGAGGAGCUGAUGCUGUCUCUUUAAAUGUGGAUAAAAAUUCAAAUGGGAAUCAUCUUAGAAAUAGAGUCCACAGAAAGGUCAUUCACAACCAAGAAAGGCCUCAAAAAUCUCUCCGUCUCCAAAAUAUGAACCAAUAACCAAAAACACUGAAAAAAUAGCAAAAUUCAUAGAGGAGAAAAACACAAAAUGACUUCAUAACCUGUCCUAUUCACUGCGUGUGAUAGUUUAAUGAAUACCAACUUCAGUACUAAAUCUGGUAUGAUGUGCCAAGACCUCAUGCAUAAAGAGUGCGUGAAAUUUCUACUCUGUCCUUCUUCCUGAGAGCAGAGGAGAAAAAGCAGCCUUUCUUUGUCUCCAUCUGACCGCCUUUAUGACAAGCAGGGUGUAAAGAUCAACCCCCAUUCAUCGCUCCCUAUCUUCAAAUGGAGCCAGAGACACAUAAUGGGUUUGAGGAACACACGGUCGCUCUGUAGAUACAGCACUAAUGUACAGAAAAUAACAUGCCCCGCCGCUGUGCCCCCAGGUCGGACCAAGGUUACUGAAGUGUGAGAUUGUGUCCUCCAGUGCAUAAGGAAUCAUAAAGCUGCUAGCUUAGCAGCCGGAAGAUGCAGCUGGAUUUCUCCUCCAUACAAGCUGAGCUAGAAAAGGCUCCCAGACAACACAAUGCAUCUUUGUGACUCUAUAUUUUGCUGAAUCAGAGCAAUAAGUAUGUCAAGCAGGACAUUCAUCAGUCGUUUCAUACGCAAGGAUGCUCCUGUGUGUGCGCGUUUCUCCUGAGCGUGAGGAGGAUGAAUGAGACUGAAAGAGAUCACGCUUCCAUUUCUGCAGGGGGCGCACACAGAAACCAGGCCAACACUGGACAAGAAGCCCUGAAGGCUCUUUUUCUCUAUCUGCUUUCUCUCCCUCGCUGGAAAUCCUGCUUCCCCCCUUUCCCCGGUAGAAGCACACACAGACACGUACAUGAAACACACAGAUUCUUAUACACACACAGCACUAUAUGGCCUGAGGGGUUAUCUCUCUCAGUCCAAUAAAGACUCUGCUACAGCUGACAUUUCACAUCCCAGACAAGUAGGUCAUAACUUAAGGCUAGAUUUGUGCCAUGUAUGUCUAUAUAUGUCACUGUUUGUGCGCCUGCAUUUGUCUGUAUCACUAUGAAAGCAAAAACCUUCAUUGUCGACCACUUGUAUUACAAAAUACAUACGUAAAACACGACUAGAGACAAAUCAAACAAGUGUGACGAAGCUUUAUCUUUGACAAUUUUGCUCUCUGGGGCAGGUGACAUUACUGUCAGAUUGUCUCAACAGUUGUCGCAGCCAAUCAGGUUUAUCGGGUGAGUCUGUCUGCUAAUCGGUCGGCUGAUUGAGUGCUAAUUCACAAUUAGCAGAGCAGAGCACAGGUGGUGGAGGGGAGGAGCUUAGAGAGCAAACCUCAAACUGAAGCUGUGUUUCAGUGAAGCCCACAGUGACUUCUCCCUCUAUAAUAAAACAUAAAUCUAUACAUGAUGACAGGACAGGAGAAGACAGGCGUUGCAACCUCCUCCUUUAGCCAAUCCAGUCAUGUUGGAUUAGUAACUGCCUCAAGCGAACAAGCUUAGAUUAUGUAUUUUUUAUGUUUGGGACCGCAUUAGAGUCCCAACAUGUCCGCUCAGCCAGAGAGCUGCUGACGAGGAGGGAGGCUGGAAAGUUUUGUUUGUGUGGAUAAUUUGUUCACAUUAGAGAUGAUGGUGCCCCACAGGAAAGCUAAAGUAGUGGAUGGUUAUGUAGUUAUGUUUGGACUACUGUGCGUUACCUUUAUUCCUGUGAUUCUUUCGCGGUCUUUAGAUGUUCUCCUCAGUUGGUGUUCGUCAAGCUGAAUCGUACACAUCUUGAUCUGUUUCCCCCUCUUUGUUUCUUCACCAGGUUUGAAAGCAGGGGAUGAAAUCUUGUUGCUGAAUGGUAAACCUGCAUCCGCCCUCCAAAUGGAAGACAUGAGGGCUGCGUUUGUAAAUCAUGCAUUGACCUUAAGUGUCAGCACCUUGCCCCAGCUGGACUCCAGGUUGCUGUGUUUGCUUCCAGCCAGACGGUCUGAUGGGGAGCAAGACCAGGCGACCGAUAUCUUCUCUCAGAGUCAAGGUAAACUUUUCAGCUCUGUGUACUUAAUUUGGGAAGACUGGAGUUUGUUCCCCACUGAGCAAUAGAUGGCUAUUAUACAUCUAGUAGACCUACUUUUAACCAUCUAGAUUUUGUAUAUUUUUAGACGGAAUUAAGACGUUGCACUUUAACCCAUUAUUUUAUAACUAUUCAUAACUGAUCUCCAAGUACUUCUUCAAAAUAAUUAUGGUAGCUGUUGAGCAAUAUACAGUGUAGUAUAUAGAAAAAGCCCAAACUUAGACUUGGUCUAAGCUUGGUCUAAAUUUAGAUGUCUAAAAAACGUUUAUUUUUAGACCUGUGGUAGCCUGAUUUUAGACAAGUCAUCUAGGCUACAUUUAGACAUCUAUUAUUGGCCCUCUAUUUCUGCCAAUAAUAUUGAUUGUUGAUCAUUCACACACCUUCACAAAUCUCUUCGAUUAACAUUCCAUGACAUGCAAAACAUACCUUUAUCUUGCUGUUUUUUCCUCCUUUUCCUCUUACUUCCUCUUUCUUUUCUCUGCUUCUGAAGGAUAUGUCCUUUUUUGUGACAUUGUUUUGCCCCACAGUGACCUGCGCUUUGGAUGCUCAGGGCACUUUGCUCAGCAGAUAAUGGUAGCAGAGCUUUAACGUGUCAGCAGUAAGAAUCACAGGCCUACAUCAGCAGCAGCACUAAAAUGUUUUUACUUUAUUUUAUUUUAUUUUUACAAUAAUAUAUAUUUGAUCAUACAGAAAGCAUCACUCAUACAUGCAAAGAAUUAAAAAAAAAAAAUUUAUAUAUUUUUUGAUUGCUCUCGGGGGGCCCCCGAUUGGCCGCAGGGCCCUAAGCAGGCUCUGUCCUGUGCGAUGUUUAAAUGUAAUUAAAUCAGGGUUAUCUGUGAUAAUUCUUAUUGAAUCUGUAUCUUUUUGCUAUGCUGGUUAGAGUUUUAUUAGUGAGGAAAAACCUUGUGAAGAUCAUUGAAUGUUAAAUUGCACUUCGUCUUUAGUUUAUGUUUUUUAAUACCAUAGUUCGCCCGCUAUAAACGUGAGAGUGCAGAUUGCGGAUCUUUCUAAGCAGAGGUCGAACAUAGUGAUCUCUGAAUUAUGCAGGGGGGCCGUCUGCUAAGCAACCUGCAGGCAGCCGCCAGCUUUACACUGACCCGUUCUUCUUCUUCUUUUUUUUUUUUUUUCAACCAGGCAAGGGCACCAUUUGUAUUCCGUAUAAAUUGGGCUACGCAGUGCACAGGCUGACAAGCUGGCAUUGUUUAUACAGGGAGUGAGAGCGGUAUGAAUAUUAAUACAGCUCCUUCAGGAGUGUGGAGCUGUCAUCGUGUAGGGUAUGUUGGGUCAGGUAGGGGACUAAAAACACGUCAGCAGGCAGAUGGAGGUUAUUAAUGAUCUCAUACUUAAGGGGGAGAUGAGUGUUCAAACAAGUGACUUUCAACACAGAGAAUUUUUUCACUCAAACCAUUUGGAAAUAACCAGCUUUCUGUAUAGUUCUUUCAUAAUAAGACACAUAAAUGCUGUAAUUUAAUAUUUUUGUUUGUAAAAGGAGAAGACAGCAGAAAAAAUACCCAGAGAGGAGAAAGUGUACACUUUGCUAUAUGUUUUACUUCAUGCUGAGCUCUGUCCUUUGUCUCUGUCUGCAGAGGACAUCCUGGAUGAGGUGUCGGGGUUAACAGUGAACACCCCCGAUGACAGUUUAGAUGAAGGACCAAGGCUGACCCUACAGAGCCCUGGAGCUCAUCAGGAAGACAAAACCUACUUGGGGAUCGGACAGAAGGUAGGAUAUGACAUGCAAAGACACAACUAUGAUAUGUGCACUGACUAAGCCAAACAUAAUCGGUCACACACCUGCAACAGAGCAGGGGAUUAUCAGUCUAUUCCUACAGAGGAUGGGGUAAUGUAAUCAGCCCCGUGUGCUGAAUUGUUGCAGAUAUAAACCAGGAGAUUUAGGUUUCAGUUUUUGUGAGUGUGUGUGCGAAGCAGUGAAGCUGUUUGAAGAGGUUGACUGGCUGCAUUGUUGUGAUGCCAUCUUAACCCAGCUGACUUGUAUCAGAAAAGAAAAACACAGGCGUCAUGGAUCAACAGUGGAACAUUUUCAUUUGAGAACAAAUUUAGGGACAAUCCGUGUCUUUCUGAUUAUGUAAAAUUAACCUGGCAGGUCUGGAUCUAAAUAUUUCCUCUCCCAUUUCUGUCAGCGUGUGAAAAGGGAUAGUGUGAAAAGCCGGGAGAUGUUCAGAGGCCUUUUCUCAUGUGAUAUUUGUGACCUUUACUCAAAGGCUGCUCUGGGACAGAAAGAUCUUCUGAGACAUGAAAGAGUGUAAAUGGCCCGACACGCACACACACAGCCAUUUCACCAUAUUUCACACACAUGUUACAGCUUUGAAAUUCCUUUUUAGUGAAUUUGGUAAAUAAUUCAUACUGCAUGUUUAUAAUUUCUCCUGAAACGUACAAAGCUGCACAUAGCAGUCUAAAUCACAUUAUUACAUAAGCCACAGGGUAGAUUUUAGACGCUGUUAGAGCAUGAACAGAUGUGUGAAUGUGUGAGUGUGUGUGUGUGUGUUUUUGUAACGACAGACAGGUGAGUGAAAGAGUGAGCUAACAGCAUCACUUUCCAAUUAAGAUUACGUCAGAUCUGAUCAGGGUCAGCGCAGUGAUUGCUGGGACACACCGUGUGCCAGCCCCUCUCCCUUGGAUACGGUUGUCACUUCCAUUUCCAUGGCGAUAUGUGAUAACAAGCAACCAGCGGAAACAUUUUUUUUUGUACCUUUCUGUUGAUAACGUAGACACGAACAAAAGAUGCAGAGAGAGAGAGAGAGAGCGAGCGGGGACGAUGGCGCGGUAUUCUCUCUUGGAUGUGUGUCAGUGAGCUUCAGUCUCGGUGGAGAACUAAUGGGUGAGGUCAGAGCCGGCUCGAGUCUAGACUCUGGUUGUCCGGUUGGGCAGUUGUGACUCUGUGGCUCCAAUGUGCCAUUGUUAGUUGGAAGUUAAGUGUGAGGAGAUGAAAGACAGAGUGACAGAGAGGGUUGCAGGGAUGACUGGGUAGGGGGAAAGGCCUUCUCUUGAUGUCGGGAAACAUUCAGUGAUUUUUAACUCGUAAAACCUCUCAAAGCCGUGUGAAUCCCUGCACAGUUAGAGUCUGUGCAGGGAUAAUGAUCCAUUUAAGAUCCCCCUUUAAAAGAGACCUAUCAUGCUGAUACUUUCUUAAACUCAUACAUAAUGUGAAUGUUUUGGAUUCCCAUAAUAAACCUCAGCAAAGUUCGAUAACAAUGUUAUACAGAUGGCUGCCAAAUCCCAAAAUGUAUUUUCAAGGUUCCCUGAAAUUCUUAUUUUCUGAGACAUGGCCUCGAAACUAAAACAUAGUUAGGGCUGGGUGAUGUGGACUAAAAAUAAAAUAUUCAACUAUUUUGUAACAAAGUAAUUAAUGAGUAGAAUAAAGUUGUACUAAAAUCAUUACUUAGGAGAAUAGUCGUUAUAAAAUCAUUACUUAGGAGAAUUAAGUCGUACUAAAAUCAUUACUUAUGAGAAUAAAGUCGUAAUAAAAUCAUUAUGAUAGGCUAAUAAUGAUAAUGUGGUGCUGAUGUGCCAAAAGAUUAAGUGUCUCCUUGUUUGAGAAACCUAUACUGACCUUACUUUAUUAUGACUUUAUUCUCAUUAGUAAUUACUUAAUUCUCAAAAAUUAACGGCUUUAAUCUUGAAGUCUUAAAUUUUGUUUUUCUUAAUGUGGCCCUAAUACUCCGUCGUACAUUUGCAAUUUUUAUUGAUUUUUCUUUUUCUUUUAAAAAUAAAGCUACAACUAACAAAGACAUUAUCAACAUUAUCAAGUGUCUUAAAUAUUAAAAUGAUGUUUUAACAUUGUAAAGGAUAGGCAACUAUAAGCAUUGUGCUUCCGCCUAAUCCUUUUUUUGGUCAAGUUUAUAAUUCUGUUUGUUUCUCAUUUGUUGUUAUUGUGACCAAAAUAAAGCCAUUCAUUCCAUUCCAUACAUGACUUCUAACACUGGUUUGUUCAAGGUUUUACUCCACUAAACAAAAGCAGUUCUAAAUGACUGACAUGCUAAAAGAUGAGCCCAGGGCUCUUGUCAAGAAGGUUAAAAGUCUGCUUUACCGCUGGCCUCUGCUCUGAACUUUGUCCAUUCAUUAUGUCUCAGAAAUGUGCUUGUAAGUGCACUUUUGGUGGAUAAGAAAAGACACAGCUAAGUGUUUUAGCCAGUCUGAUGAACACUGAAACAAGUAACUGACGUCACUGUUGGAUCUUAUUGUCAUGAGAGUAAAUAAGGAAGCCAGUACUGCUCUCCUGUCUGUUGUGGGCUGUCUGACUUUUCGAUAAAUUUGUAUUUGUCUUUUCAUGUCUUCACAUACUUGUCCUCUUUAGUUCCUGUCCUUGUUUUCCUUUAGCCAACAGCUUCAUUGUCAUAUUUUAUCUCUAUGAUUAAGAGCAGCAAUGUGACCCUGUCCUGUCCCAGACACUACAGCUCAAGUGUUCUCUCCAUCUGUCCUUUUUUUUUCAUCCCUCUCCUUAACUGUCAUCCUCUUUCUUUUUCUCCCGUCCUUCCAGUUUCCUCUUAAUUUCCUGUCCUUCCUUCUCCUCCUUCUCCGUCUCCUCUUUACCAACCCCCUGUUGUUUAUUACCAUAAACAUGAGGCUCCUGUUGGCUCUGCAGACCCUGACCUCAGCCUGGUACACUUCUUGCCCUCCAUCAAAAAAGACAAUUCAAGAUUGCAGCAGAAUCAGCGGGACCUUCAGCACCCUGUCAUCUCUCUCGCUCUCUCUUUUUAUGUCCUGGUGACCCUUUUUGUUUAUUUUGAUCAGUGUUUUGCUCCCCCCCUCUUGUGCCGCUCCUCUCUGAAGUGCUGUGGAUGGCGUCUUACCUCAUUUCACUCGGUGCCUGCAGUCACAUGGUGGCAAGACUGAGGAGAGAAAUGGCAAAGUGGGACAAUUUUAAUUAUCCCCACAUUCUAAUUACUUCAUUCUCCACAGUGUUUCACAUCAUUUAGUGGAGAUAAAUGAGUGUCUGGCUAGCCGCAGGAAACAGGGAGGUUCAUUAUUUUAGACAAAGCGCAGAGCCACCUCUUCACUAAGAUAACUGGAGAAUAAAACAAUGAUUUCUUGAGAUAAUAGCGAUAAUAGAGAUGACGGCGGCUGCCAGUGUUCUCUGAGGUGUAGUCAGCCUCACUGACAAGUGCUGCUUAUAAUUGACAAACCUCUAUCAGUUUGUCUUCAGGGUAUAUGAAAUGGAAAUUCAUAAUUUAGCGCUUGAAGGGUGGGGAGAGAGUUUCCAUCAAGGUUGGUUUUGAUUGGAUCUUGAUGGUGUAAUUGUGGUUAAAUGGCGACUUGCGUUUGGUGCAUUUGAAGAAAAUCCUUGUGUUAAAUAUUACUUCUAAUCGUGUCACUUAAGCUGACAUGCUUGAAUGUGUUUAAAUUUUGGCUGCGUCCAUAAGGCAGGAUGCAGGUACUGUGAGUUACACUGGUUUAGCUUUGGAUUAAUUCAUAUAAUUCAACAACACAGACUCUGUAAAUUCAAUUAAAAGCAUAAUUCGUCUUUCUUCAAACCAUUUUACACUUGUUGUCUGAUCUGGCUGUGCAGCUUUGUCUCAGAUGUUGCUGUUGUUUUACAGUCUCCCACCAGGGGGAGUAGUUGUUUCACAAAGCCUGCGAGACAACACUGAUCACAAGGAUGCAAACAAUUAGAGUUUGCUCAAAGAAAUCAGUUUGUUUUUUCUUCUACUUUUGAUUUAAACAUUUACAUUGAUUUUCAUUCAUGUAGAGAAAGUUCUCAAAUUUUGUUCCCCAUUUUUUAUUAAUAGAGUUUUUGGGGGAAAAGGAAGAAAAUUUGCAUCUCCACUUAAACUUUGUAGCUUUGUAGCUUUGCAGCUUUCGAGUGUUGUAGGAAGAUUUUAGUCUUAGAGCAAAUAAACUGCUUUAAAGUCUGAAUUUUCAUGCUUGAAUUGUGAAGAGUUGUGUCAUAACAAAUCAUUUUUUGACUCCAGAUUAUGUGAUUAAAGUCUCUCUCUCCCUCUCUCUCUCUCUCUCCCUCUCUCUUUCUCUCUGUCAUGGAGAAUAUCCUAUCAUUCUCUGUUGGGAUUUAUGGAUUUGCAUGUUUCACUGAUUUCAGCCGUAACUGAACUUUAAGACUCUCCCUCCCUUUCAUUCCUCCUCUCUGUAAUCACUGACAAUGACAAGUACAUGCCUGCUCUCUCUCUCUCUCUCUCUCUCUCUCUCUCUCUCUCUCUCUCUCUCUCUCUCUCUCUCUCUCUCUCUCUCCCUCUCUCUGAGCAAACAAUUGUCAAAAAAAAAGACACCAAACAAAAUGUGUACAUUUCCCUCCACGUAUGCUGAUUUCUACAUGUCAGGAUAUAUUUCAGCAGGCGUGUGUGAAUGUGUGUUAUGUGUCUCUGUAUGCCAAGUAUGAGGAUGUGUGUGUGUGUAAUCUGUGCUGAUCCUAGCUCUCAGUGUACAUGCUCUGAACUGACGGCUGUGAGAGCAGGUUUGUGCUUGCCUCCACGCUCCUCCCUCAUACUGUACUUCAAUUACUUUGCUCAGCAGGCUUGGGUGUGAGAUGUAGUACAUGUUGUUUACAGGUAAAGGUUCGACUCUGGGAUUUAAAAAUGCUUUUGUCAGACUGGCCACAGAAAAAGGUAUGUCUGUGGGGACUCGCUUUAUUCACUGACUGCAUGUUUUGAUAGUUUGAUGUGUACACUCUCUCUCCUGAGUUCCUGUCUUAUUCUUGUGUUUGUACUGCACAUGUAGACUUGCCGAUCAUCAAAAACAAACUUGUCUCUGACAAAACUUGCGCAACUUUUAAAAGACUUCUAUAAAAUUUAGAGAGAGCUCCUGGUUUUCCGUCUAAAAAAAUGGAAAAACUCAAUACUCACAACAAAUUCAACAGUAGUUUUGAUUUUUUCUCGUCUCUGCUUUGUAUUUCAGCACAAAUUGAGGUGUGUCAUGUUUGUUUAAGAGUUGUGUAACUUCUUGCCUCUCAGGUAUGACAAGUGUGCAGUAAGUGUCAAGUAGCACCCAUCAACCUAUUAAUUAAGGUUUCACUAGAAAGGAGAAUUUCAGGUUUCAGAUGGAUGCCAUUGUAAUGCUUGAACUCUGAAUCUCUGGUUAAGUAUGAAACGUCAAUUACAGAGUUUUCUCCUCGCUGCCGUGUGUUGAAGCAUUUGUUUUGUUCUGGGUAUGGUUUAUUUGAUAUCAGAGCAGGUUUGUCCUCUGUUUGAUCCCCCUUUUUCUCUCGCAAACUGAUUCUGUGAUUAGCAUGCACUUUGAUUCUUCCUCUCAUUUUUAAACAUGAGACCUGCAGAAAACCCAUCUAUUGCUUAAUGAGACCGCUGUCCUUCUUAAGUGUGGUGGCAUAAAUCUCUGAGUGGCUGGGAAAGAGAGAGAGAGGGAGAGAGGGAGAGAGAGAGAGAGGAGGGGGAGAAAGAGAGAGAGAGAGAGAGAAGCCAGAUGCCGGUUGUCUUUUCCUUUUGGAGUGUUAUGCUCACGCCACACACAGCUUCUGCAUCUCCCACUCUCUCCUCUCUUCAAUUCCUUCUCUUAUGAAGAUGUGAUGUUUGAUCUGGUUAUUGAGUAUUGUGAUCUACGUUGCUGCUGCUCUGAAACACCUGGACGAAAGUAAGGCAGGGACACACACGAAGAGAAGAAGAAGAAGAAGAAAGUGGAAACAGGGAGCACACGGGGAGAAGUUGACGGGAUUUAGAGAGGCAGACAGAUCGGAUAGAUGCUGUAGAUUGAAGUUUCAUGGGAGCUUUGCAGUCUGUUCUGUUCAAUCUGUGUUAUGACCUAUUUGUGCAGCUGGGACAGUAGAGAUUUAUAGAGUGUUAACACAGUGGUUUUUACUCACUUAAGCCAGUCUGAGGAUCUUUGCAUCCUGCAUCUAGCACCAGUCAUGUGUUUGUGUGAGGAUGGAAACAAGCGGGUCCAGCACUGAGUUGCACACUGAAAUGGAAUCAACCCAGAGUGGAAGAAGUGGACAGAAAUCGAACACCUCACUUCUGUGUUGAAGCCUGUUUGACAUCCACCAGCAUGUCGGCUUUUAGGAGGAACAGGAACUCCAAACACUCGGCCGAGUCCAUCUAUGAUAUGUUGCAGCUGGUGAGCCAUACAGCCUCAUCUGUCUCUGUGUGUGUGUGUGUGUGUGUGUGUGAUCAAUCGUAUUGUGGAAAUGAUCCUACAGAGGUCAGUGAUCAUGUGAUGGUGCCAUCAGUGCCAAGGUUAGAGGGGCUGUAUUAGCGAUGCGGUCCAUGACAUUAAUGUAGGAAAUGUUCGAUCAAACAUUGAGCCUGAAUGAACUUCUGUGUUCAGGUUUUGUGGGAGACUAUUAAAAUGUUAAUACAAUGAAUACAUCAUUAUGUUAUGUUAUGCUCAUUGCAGUACUGAAUAUUGCCUAGUACCAUAUUCUAUCAGUUGUGGCUUAGUUGUUAAAUUAAGAAUGCAACAAAUAGAAUUACAACCUUGAUUAUCUUUUACUCUUAAUUAACUUAACAGAAUUGGUUCCUGAUGAAUCCAGCUUUAUGUUUACAUCCCUACUCUUCAUUAAGCUGCAGUUAUAAAGGUUUUACGUAAUUGUGCUUUUCUUUACUCGGUAAUAAGCAGUUUCCAUAAAAUCAUAUUCCACCAUCCUUCUCAUCGCCGUCCUCUGCUGUCUGUCGUCUGUCUCUGUCGCCGCUCCAUCUGUCACUAACCCCUCAGGCUGUCCAAGGACAGGACCUUUCCUCCCCGAGCUGUAAGACUGACUAAGUUAUUGCUCUGUUGUGGUUGUUGUGCACUGACAUACAUGACUGUACUGAGAAUUUGCACAUUUAUCUCUGCGUGUUUGUCAGGAUUUUGUUUGUUUUUGGAUGGCAGAGUUUCUAUUUCUGCUCCACAUUUCAGUUCCAAGGCGAUAAAACAUUGUGUGUUUGUCGAUUCAGUUGUUUAAUUUAUUGUGAGGCUUGUACUUUUUCAGCUGCUCUAACUUUAUGUACUCACUGUAAAUGCAAUUGACUUGGACUUAAUAAUCCAAUUGAAUCCUAAUAGGCUUCUUAUUACUCUCAUUGUAUACUGGUGUUUAUUGUGUUGUUGCUGCAGUGAGAAAAGAAGCUUAUCUCGACUCAGAUGUCAUUAUCAGCACGGCUGUCAAAUUCUGUGUAUGUAUACAUGUGUGUGUGUGUGCGCUCCCAGCAGUGUUGCCAAACUGGUUUGAAUGCCCCAAUGGAAAAUUGUGUUUGUCAUCGCUGCAGCCCAACAGGAGACAAACCAGAAAAUCAACAGAGACAAGUCAUGUCCCCGUCUGACCAGCUGUCUGCAAAUCAGCUUCAACAGACGACAAAUGUUAGAAACACUUCAACAACCCCACACAGAUGAGAGAUGUUUAUGAAAUGCACAUUUUCAAGAGGACUUUGCAGGAAACUUUAAAGCAUACAGGGUUGAAUGAGAAGCAUUAAUCAUAUCACUCUGAACAAUAGCCAAAAACUCUGAUUGUUCCUGCAUCAUUUCCUCUGCAGAUACAUUUUGGAUACAGGAGAGUUUAAGUCCCACUCCGAUUGUGUUUUUUUUUUACUACUUCAAGUGUUAUCAGUGAUCUUUAAAUUGCAACUAUGAAGUUUUUAGCCAAAAUUACGCAACCUGUGUCGUUUUCAAGGGCUUUUCUUCUGCAGUAGCUCAUCAGCAAUUCACCUCUGAGUCAUGGGUGGAGACAGCUCUGCUCUGCACUCUUCUCCUCGAGUUAGCUUGCAGCCUAACAUUGCCAGUUUAGUAGAAGAAACAGGUAACAUAGGAGCUAAUCAGCUCUUGGCCACUAAUGUCUUUAAGGGCAUGAUGAAAGCUAAUAUCAUAAUUAGCUUUCUUACGGGUAUUGUGAUGCACUAACGCAGACGCUUGUUAUGCGAUCGUCUUCUCUGUUUCUCUGAGCCUGGCCUGCAUAGUGGGACUCUGGGGGCAGAGCUUGGAUUGGUUACAUAGAAAAUCUCACUGUGUCUAAGCCUGCCUUUGGGUCUGUCAAAGAUAUAGAGCGAUUGGAAUGCAGAAAUGCUCAAAAAUGCAAUUUCGCACUUCUUUUUCUCAUGAUACGUCCUCUAGUAUCAGAAAAGUGCCUUAUGAACAUGUGGACAACAAGAAAAACAUUAUUUCCAUCAGAGUGGGUCUUUAACCUGAUGUGUCAGAUCUUUUCAUUGUGCUCGCUUCUUCUCCAAAAGAAUCCAAAUGCGUGGUAAAUGUCCUGGCUUUUUAAACAUGUCCUUUUUCAUUCUCAUUUUGAAGGCAGUCAGAGUUCAUGUGCAGGUUUUGAGGUAUUUAGAGUUUAGAAGUAGGCGUGUGAUGUUGGUCUUGGACAGGAGUUGCAUUAGCUGACACACAGAGUAUCAAUCCCUUGCAUUAACGCUCAGUGUGUGGGCUGAGCUCAUUCAUCCCCCAGUGUUUUAAGGAGAUUCUGUCUUCUAAUUGUCUGUUCAAUCUUCCAGUUCUGGCAGAGUGGAGACAGUGAAAGGAUGUAAAAAUCUCUCUCUCUUUCCUUGCAUCUUUCAACAGACCUUACAGUCCUGGCAGGAGCCUGCCAGGACUUGGCUCACAAAGAAAAACAUAAAAACGUUUGAUGUGAGUCCAGAGAUAGUGGAAUUUCUGAUCACAGCAAAUAAAACACAAGGUUGUAUCGCAGACGGUGAAAGGAUUAUUGAUGUUUUUUGGCAUUGUUGGAAUCGGCACUGCUGUAUUACUCAGAGUACAUUUUGGAUUUGCCUAAACACAUCCUACCUCUCAAUUUUGAUGACACUCCUCCUCCUGUGUCAUCUUCUCUCAUUUUUCUCUCCUGUUUCCAGAGCCUACGCAGAGUUAUGCUCACCUGAAGAACCUUGGGACUCAUGAAAGAUAGUCUGAUGUGGAGACAACCUUUUGAGCCUUACUUUUUUAGUUUACCUGCGUGGGUGUCGGUUUAUUUCUCAAAAACUGAAUUAUUAUUUCCACUUACGAUGAUUCAUCCGAGCUCAUCUCUGAAAUUUCUGACCCUUCAUAUGCAAACCCAAGUUUCUUAUCAUUAUUUCUACAAGGAAGACGUGCAUUUAAAGACGAGCUGUUAUAUCAAUUGUACUUGAUGUGUUUUGCAUUAGAGAGAGUUUAAACAUUAGGGCUGACACGUCUGCUCAUGUUCGGUAUUUUUGAUUCGCAGUGAUGUUGGUGGGUGUUGUUAUGGCAGGUUUUUCAAGAAUGUACUGUAUAUUGUUGGGGGUGUUUGUUUGUCGUAUAAAUGUAUGGAAACAUAAUUUAUACGACAACAAACACUUUCAUGAUGCCCCUUCUGUGUUUCUUAUUUGUUUAAUCUCAAAAGACAAGAAAUGUCCUCGUAAUAAUGCAACAAAUCUGUCUUGUUAUGGUUUCCCCCUCUCCGCAGAGCUCGGAGCAGGUCACUGCUUUCUGUCGCAGUCUUCAUGACAUGAAUCCCCUGGACUGCCCUAUGUCAUCUUCCUCUUCGUCUUCUUCGUCAUCCCUCACCCCGAGCCCUGUGUCAGCUUUUCCACCUGCAGCAGCAGCAGCAGCAGCGAACGCCACCCAGAGACAGCUCUCCCACGCAGACAAACUCCGCAAAGUCAUUAAUGAGCUUGUGGAGACGGAAAAGACGUAUGUCAAGGUAAAGUCAGCACAAGUUGUUCAGACAGCUCGACUUUGACUUCAACAGACACACGCAGUCUCACACUCACUCCUUUACACUUGAAAACUACACUUACUUCUUGAUGUUAGUGGUGUAAUGAACUUGUCACAGAGUGUUAACCUGCAUUUUUGUGUAAGGUGAGCUCCACACAGAGCUGGUUUCUUUCUGUAGUUUGAAAUCCUCAGUAAUGACUCCAUUAAACAGCCAGAUGCCCACACAUGCCCUCGCUCACUCCUCCUUAAAUGUUUGAUCAGAGGCAAAGUUUUCACUCUUCUUUUCUACUUUAGGACUUGAGGCUCCUGAUAGAGUGUUACCUGACGCCCUUACAGAAGGAGAGCUUCCUGACACAGGAUGAGGUACUUUUUAUCUGGUCAUUAUAAAAACUGUGGCUGACAUACACGACCUUCAUGACGGGGUGGGUUUGGUUGCAGUGUCACAAUGACGCUCUGGGUUUGUGUUACAGCUGGACGUUUUGUUCGGUAACCUCGGAGAGAUGGUGGAGUUCCAAGUGGAGUUUCUGCGGACUCUUGAGGAUGGAAUCAGACUGGUGCCAGAUCUGGAGCGUUUGGAAAGGGUGGAGCAGUUUAAGGUGAGGCGCGUUGGAAAUCCAUCAUUAUUUGCAGUGUAAUCUUUAGUCCAAGGUAGGGCUGGGCGAUACGGGAAAAAGUUUAUCAUGAUAUAUAUUUUUUCUUAUCAGUCAGUAGCAUGUCUUUUGCAAUACAAUAAGCAACUGCAUCUGUGAGGUCUUUGUGUCUCCGAAAUUUUGUCGUAAGGUGUUGGGCUAGAGAAAGGGGACUGAAUAGUCAGCUGUUUCAGCUGCACAGGUGCUAUGAUCUCCUUGCUCCACUCAGGGUUUGUGACCUUUUGCAUUGCAUGUGCUCUGCAGCGUGGCACUGCUUCAGGUGGUGAAAAAAAUUUAAGGUAUUCCCCAACUUUGAAAGAACAUGUACUUGACAUAAUUUGCAGUGCACAUUACUCUGCUUCAUGUCCGACCAUAAAAAAAACAAAAUACCUUCACACCACUGGCAUUUUCGUGCCAGUAUUGUUGAUGAUUUCAUCAUCUGUUGAGCCUUCAUCUGCAUUUCUGCCGGAGGUAGCACUGAUUUUCUUUUUUUCUCACUGACAGUGCUGUCGGCUUCACCUGUUAAAGUGCUAUGGUUGUGUGUAGCUGCUGCCCGCUACUACACAGUUGUUGGUACUUGGUUCUAAGUCAGCACAUGAUUGGUUCAGCGGACCCGGAGCAACUCCCCUUUGAAUUGGCUAAACAUAUAGUCUACCAAAACACGGCAGAAUGCCGACUAUCGAAAAGCAUAUUGACCAUGUUUUAUAUUGAUAUUGAGGGAAAUUAAUUUUCGAUAUCUAUCACUAUCGUUUCAUCGCCCAGCCCUAGUCCAAGGACCUGCUUCCCUACAGUUUAGCAGACAUCUCCUGUAUGCAGGAAGACAGUCUGUGUGGAAAGUAGAAAGAUCAAACUGGUCAAGAUGUCCACCAGAAUUCCUCUAUCGUUAACUUCAGGCUACACCAGAAGUCCAAAUAAGCUGGCUAUGGCUCCUAGAGGCUUUAUUGCACAGUUUCUGACAUUGCUUUGACUCCUGAAGUUUAAACUUGAUGACACUUGUUGAUUAAAAAAAAUCCCAUUUUCUCCACAGAAAGUGCUCUUCUCUCUGGGUGGAUCGUUUUUGUAUUACGCAGAUCGCUUCAAGAUCUACAGCGCCUUCUGUGCCAGUCACACCAAAGUCCCAAAGGUGCUGGCUAAAGGUAAAAAAAACACACACACACACAGACUCUCUCUCUCUUUGUCGACUUGGAUUAAGCUGCAUCAUAUUCCUUUAGUUUUACAGUGCUCUUUUGCUUUCCAUCAUCACUGUGAAGUCGAGUUGAGCGGAUUGCAGGAAGCACAUGCUGUUUGAUGAAUGAGUUCAGUGAAAGUGCACAUAUACAUCUUGUCCUGCAGCAAAGACCGAUCCAGAUUUCAAGGCUUUCCUGGCUGUGAGGAACCCCCGACAGCAGCAUUCAUAUACCCUGGAGUCAUACCUAAUCAAACCCAUCCAGAGGGUCCUGAAGUACCCACUGCUGCUGAGGGAGCUCUACUCUCUUACAGACCCUGACAGCGAGGAGCACUAUCACCUCGAUGGUAAGCUUGCCUCUCUGUAUUCAUAUAACAUGAUCACUGUUCCUUAAAUAACGGGACUAGUGCACAGAUUUGAUGAGUGUUUGCCCCCUACAGUUGCAAUGAAGGCCAUGAACAAAGUUGCGAGUCACAUCAAUGAGAUGCAGAAGCUUCAUGAGGAGUACGGAGCAGUUUUUGAUCAGCUCAUUAAUGAGCAGACUGCAGACAAAAAAGAGGUGAGUACGACGAUGGUCCUUUUUAUUCAUCUCAUCUCAUCCAAUAAAAUAUCUGUUUUUGAUGUUUUACUCUCUGCUCUUUUUUAUAUUUACUUUUAAGGUGGCCGACCUCUCGAUGGGGGAUCUUUUGCUGCAUUCUACCGUGAUGUGGCUCAACCCUCCAGCCUCUUUAGUCAAGAGCAAAAAGGACCCUGAUCUGGCUGCUUUUGGUAAGGAUGAAUGUAGAAUUUCUAUCACAUUAUGACAUUUUUGCAGCUCAACAGUUACCUUUUUUACGUCUAGACUUUCCUGUGGUUUCUGCUGUGUGUGUGUAAAUACAAUGGAUCAUGAUAACAGUAAACAGGGUUCCUACGCUAGUAUGGAAAGUAUAGAAACAAAUUUAAUCAAUUUCCAAGUCGUAAGAAGUAUGGAAAAUGAAAAAUAAAGUAUGGAAAAAUAUUUAUGUUUCCAGACUAUUACUACAGUUCUAAAAUACUAUUUUCUAAAAUAGAAAAGUAGGUAUUUCCAAAAAUAAUUCUAAAAAGUAGGGUGUGGAAAAGUAUGGAAAUUCCAACUGUGAAAGAACCCUGAGUAAAGCUUGAGGUAUUUUCGAUGGAUUUAUGGGGCUUAAAUAAAAAGAUAUGUCCAGGAAAUCAAAUUUAACAGCCAUGGAGUAAAUCCUUUGUUUGACGAUUCGCCUGAGCUCUGAAAUUUACUUCAUGAAGGUGUUCUCCUGUUGGAUCAUGUGGUUACACAGCUGAAAAACUGUCCAAUUAGAACAUCUACAAGAUACCUGAUGUCAUUUUUCUUUGUAUCCCUGUGCUCGGGAUUGUUCGUAACAUUAUAUAACUUUUGAAAAUCCUGUCACAUGUGCAGGAUUUUGGAUUUUAGACUGACAAAUGAUUCCUAAAGCAUUUAUCCCUGAGCUCUAUGCAGUGAGUAGUGUGUGCAGUGGUUUUGCUGUGAACAGGUAUUUCCCGUAGUUUCCCGUAGAGAGAAAAGCUGCAUACUGUGCUGUAUGUGAGAAUAUGUGAGCACUUGCAGGCAUGUGGGACUUUACAGUACUGUGCAUUAUGCUGCCGUGCCACCGAGUGUGAUUCCUCUUAGCGCAGAAACACACUCGGUAAAAGGAAAGCCGAAUCAAGCAUAUAACAUGAAGGAUCUUUGAGUUAUUUUUAUUUUAGACAUGAAGUGCAUCUCACAUGAAUACAUGAAGAUUCUCACACACUUGGACUCUCACUUUGUUUUAAAAUAUUACUUCACCCAGACACCUUUUGGUAAUAAAUAUUAAAAUAGUGCGAGGACUUUUUCCUUUCCCAGUGAGUGGUUGCUUUAUUCAUGAAAUACGGUGACUUUGGUCCAUUUUCUCCUUUGUGCUGAUAAUAUAUAAUGUUCCAAAGCUGUGACUAAAAGCCUCCAUUCGCAGUCUGCAUAAAUUUGGGAUUGACACGUUUUAGUGCACGCAAUGAAGGAAAAGGGGCCCUCCUAAUAGUUUCUUUAUUCUUCUUCUUCCUUCUCCUUCUUUUAGUGUUCAAGACAGCCGUCGUCUUUGUGUACAAAGACAGCUCUAAACACAGGAAAAAGAUUGUAAGUACUGUUUUUCUUCUUGUCUGUUUAUUAAUCAUGGUAUGAGACAUCAGGCUUCAACUGCUCUGCUUUACUAAGAUUUAAGCUUUGGAUGAUAUAUUGAGACUACAAAAAUUAAUACUGCUCUUCAUUGUAGAUCAGUAAAUUUAAAGUGACGGAGGAAGGUUAUUUACAAUGUAAGAGAUGAAGAGAGUAAAGUGCAUACUGUUUUUCUUCCAUUGCAUAGUGCAGUAGUACUGAGGUUGUCUCUGCUAAAUCAUCCUCUGUCGUUGUGCUCUUGUGCUCCCUGCUGUCUUGUUGAUGUACUGCAGCACUCAUUCAUGAAUUAGGAAUCCAACAAGUCUCUCCCUGCUUUUCAGGGUGCGUCUCACCGAACGUCUAUGACUGAUGACAGAGAUCCUUUCCGUUUCCGUCACAUGAUUGCAACAGACUCCCUCCAAGUCCGCGCCCUUGCAAGUAGGUCUAGUCAAAGCGAGUCAUGCAUUUUCACUCUUGCAUCACGGUUCUUUCAGGUGUCAUCAGCACUUUUAAGGAAAGGUUUUGGUCUCCAGGAUUGCUGUAAGAGUCGGUUAUAACUCUGUGUUUGGUCAAUUUCACACCAAUGUCUUUGCAUCUUUCUGUCCAAAUGUGUUGACGGGAAUUAGAAUUUGACCACAUAAAAAUGAACGUAAAUAGAUGAAAGCUUCACACAGGCACCAACUAUCAAAUAAAUUUUCCACUUUAAAAAAAAAAAAACUUUCCGCUCUAAAUCUGCAUUAUUGAAAUAAAUGACAUCCAUGAUCAAAUUUCUGCAGGAAAAAAUACUAAUUAUCCGUCAAUUAGUUUGAAAUAUGUUUGACAAGAACUGAAAUGUUUAUACAAAGCUCUUUGAGGCGCCAUGUGGAGACAUUAAUAUGUCUUGCCAGGGAAGCACAGACCGGAAAAUUUAUUGUCAGUCAGCCAGAUGUCUGUAAUGAAAGUCUGUUCAGUGGGGAAAAAAUAAAUAAAUAAAAAAGAGAGUUUAGAUUUUUGCAUGAGCCACAGACUGAACCUAAACAAGCAAAAUUUUUAUACAUUUUUCCAAGAAUAUGUUUUGAAUCUGUACUAAACAAGUUAAAUAAAUCUGAACAUGUAACAUAUUCAACUUUCAUUUAUAGUCAGUAUUUGAGUAGUGCCAAAGCUACAUUCUUUCUCCUUUUCCCUGUAGGUUUGCGCGCCACUUGAAAGUGCAUAUGAGUCUUGAGCAUUUUCAUAGUAAUGAAUGUAUUCUGCAUUUUAAUGUCGAGGUCACAGCAAACAUCAUUUGCAUGUGAGACAGUCUGUCAUCCAAAUCUCAGAGGUUGUUUCUCAGUAUGACUCAAUAAUUUCUGCCAUGGCUUUAAAUUCUCUGGAGACCACUGAAGGUUGAUGAUUUUUUUCCCCCCUGAAAAAAACAAUUACCUUCACAAACAAAACAGAUGAAUACCUAUUAGUAGGCAUGCAUGCUACUUUCCUCACAUCCUGUCUGUGUCUUAGAUGAACCUUAAAUCACCCUCUGGCAAUUCAGUUCAAGUGUUAUCGUUUAUCUGCUUAAUGGCCUGUUCUUAAGGGGAAAGAAAUUGAUGACGGGUAUUAACUGAAAGCGUUUGUAAAUGUGGAUCACAUCUCUCUUUUCUCAGACUCUGAGGGCACAGCUGUAUGUGAGAUAGUUCACACAAGAUCUGAAUCAGAAGGAAGACCAGAGAGAUCCUUCCAGCUGUGCUGCAGGUAGGAUUUUUUUCUUUUUACCUCUAUAAAUGCCGUCAAAACAUGAAACUUUAACCUAUCAAUGGUAUUUGACUAUAUUUCUUUUUCUGUUAUAGUUCUCCAGAGAGUAAGAAGGACUUCCUGAAAGCGGUUCACUCCAUCCUGAGGGAAAAACAGAGGCGCCAGCUUCUCAAAACAGAGUCUCUGCCUCCAAACCAGCAGUAUGUUCCCUUUGGGGGCAAACGCCUGUGUGCUCUGAAAGGGGCGCGUCCUUCCAUGAACAGAGCAGGUGCAGCACCACUUCUUUUUUACAGAAACCUUUGGUAACUGUCAGCACACAUGAUCAAUUUCCAAACACUUGGUAUGAACACACAUACUGAGCAUUUACUGUAUGUAGAGAUGGACAAUGCAACCCCACCUCCUUCUUGUUGUACUAAAGUAAGGCCAAAAUACAAAGUUACUGUAUUUUUCGCAGUAUAAGGCGCACCAUUGAUGAAGGUGUCUAUUCGCGUCUAUUUUCAUACAUAUGUUAAACAAAACAGUCAGAUAAGUCAAACUUUAUUUAACUCAUUCAAUAACUCCGCGAGGCUACAGUAGCUGCAGUGCUCCAACAAGCCAAACGGAUUUUAAGUGCGCCUUAUAGUGUGAAAAAUACGGUAUUGGUUGUAGGAGGAAGGCUGUUAGCAUUCAUGUCAAAAUCAAAAGAUAGCUUUAAUGAUAUGAUGAAAUUGCAAGUUUCCUCAUGUUACUCAACAGUAGAACAACCUUUUCAUCACAGUUAUGAGAAGAGUUCAAGUGUUUCUGUACAUCUCCUGUUGUUGCUCCUCUUCUACUCCACUAGUUUUGAGCUGCAUUUGUUAACAGAUCUGUCAUUCAUGGUGUUUCAGUCAAAGAUUAGCAUGAAAAAAAAACCACACAAAAUAAAAGUUAACCUCUUAGAAAGCCUGACAUAAAUGAGAAUAAUCAAAUCUGACCUGUGAUCCUUCUGUUAACAUAGAAGAGGUUGGCUUUAUGACCUAUAAUGAAACCAACCAUACUUUUUUUAUUGCAGUAAUAUUGUGCACUCUUAGCUACUGGUACUAAAGCAUUCAAGACAAAUUGAGGGCGCACUGAGAUCCAUCACUCGGGCGAUGUAUUGAGGUGGUCUGUAAUGCAUUUGUCCACCUUGGUUUGGUAGUGUGUAUACAGACUUGUCCUGGGACACAUUGGGGGGAUGGUCUAUUGCCUACAUCCAGGACAGCUUUAAGAUCUUAUUCAAUUCUGUUCUGUCAUGUCUCAAAGGGGAUUUGGCAUAAUUUCUUCUGUGCACUAGAGGAGAUUGACAUGAACAUGAAUGUCAUAUACCAAAUAUUGAUUUAGUGCAGGAUGCUUUUGAAACAGGGCCUUACAUUCAUCUAGCGAAGUCCAUGCAUGACAUUCAUCCUCUCUCUCUUUGUAGCAUCGGCUCCAUCACGGACGCUAGCCCGCAGGAAGCUGGUGAGGAACCGCUUCACGAUCGAUACUGACCUGGUUUUCCAUGGCAACAACAACAACAUUAGCAGCGAUCCAGACCCCUCCUCGCACUCGCCGCUAUCCCAGCGUGCUCUUCUCCAACCGAACAAACCCCAGGGGGAGGACACAGACCGCUGGGUGGAGGAGCAGUUCGACUUAGCUCGCUACGAAGACCAGGGAGAAGCCAUUGACAUUGGGCAGGUGAAGGAGACGGACAUUUUGAGUGACGAUGACGAGUACUGCAAGUCUGUGAAAGCCGCGUCAGCAGAAGCUCUUAACCUGCAGGGUAAGAUGCAAGGACUCAACUUGAAUGGAGGCGUAGAGACUCAUGGCGGCAUCACGCAGAGCAGAUUGCAAGAAGGUGAAGUCAAUCAAAUAAAGCACAGCGAUGACUUGAGCUCAGUGGACUCCUUCAACUCUUGUGGCGUCUCUCUUUCCCGCUGUGCAACCCCUACCGCAAAGCUCGCCCCCUUGAAGCAGUGUGCUGUGGAGGGGGUCACAAACAAGGACCAUGAUGUGAUCUGGGUGAGGCGGGAGGACUUUUCCAAAAGUGAUGUCUUCUGAUCGAGGAGACAGAAGUAGACUGUUCCUGGUUUUGUUCAAAGCCAUGGAGGAGCUAAGCUUUAAAUAUGUGAAAAUUUCAGAGGAGAAAAUGUGUACAAAAAGAUGUUAAAACCUCAACCCGCCCUCCUUCUAUCCCGGCACAACCCUCUCCUCUGACUCUCCUAAAGUACUUAAGCUCCGAGCAAAUAAGGGAAACUUUGCUCAACUUCAUUAGCUGUGACUUUGAGGUUCUCAUCCAGAACAAUAGCAUUUGUACGGUACUCAUUGUUAUGGACAAGCACCCAGGCAUCACACACCUGUGGAACUGUAUUUUCUGAACAAUGCGGCACUGCAUGUCCACACAAACAAACAAGCAAGUGCAUAUAGUACACAGAAGCACCGACACAGAGACUCUAGGCAGCUACUGUACUGUGCACACGCUGAGCUGAGGCAACAUCAUCACUGAACUUCAACCAUGUGGCCAAAAAAAAAAAAAAAGAAAAAGUCUAUUUUUCAACACAGGAAUGUGGCUGUUAUAUUUUUUUCCAACUCUGAAACUUGUUUGUAUUUUACCACUCAAAGGGCUGUGUGUUACUGAACUUCUCUUCAGGGGCUUUUUAGCUUAACGACUGCUGUGUACAAAAAAAGAUGGUGAGAUCCAACUAGCUUUAUCGUGCUUUUAAACUGUUCCGAUUUCAUAUGAGCUGCACAUUGGUGUAUAGACAGGUUGCAAUAGUGCCGUUAACCUCUUGUAUGAAAAUGUUUCGACGCUCACUUUUGUCUCCUUGCAUAUCCUUGUUAAAGAAAACCUAGACAACAGAUAGGUAACCUAUUCUUUAUUUAAUUACUGGCCUUUUUUUUUAACUGUAUUUUAAAUGUUUACACAACAUUCAGCGGCCCAGUGUUACAAACCACCUUUUGUGUGUGCAGUACGAGAAACAGGCUUGAGAGAGCCUGUGCUUGUGCCCUUCACAUGAAUGUCCUCUCAUUUGCUAUUGUCAAUUAACUAUUAGCGCAAUGACAUUUUGGUACAUGAUAGAUUUCAUCAUGCCAUUUAUUUACUCGACCCUCUCUUCCCCACAGGCCAUGCGUCUUCUAUUUUCCAGCUCUUUGAUAAAUAGUGUAAAAACUCCAACGAUCCUGUUUUACUUGAAUUUCUUUGUUUGAAAGGAAGUGUUCAGGGGAGCCAUGUUAGUGACUGUACUGUUAUUCCAAAAAAAAUAGCAAUCAUGCACUGUCAUCCCCCAUUUAGAUUUCCUCUGCUCUCUCAAGAUCCUUUUUUUUCUACAUUUCUUAACAUCUUGCAGCGUCACAACCACAAAGACAGACUUCUCCUCCUCCAUGACAUUGUUCCUCACUGCAUUUCUACUUCACUUUCUCUGCAUUUGUCCGUCUCUCCACCAGGCUGUGCUGUUUCACUUUAUGUCAUCACAACAACACGCUGAUUGCUGAGAUCAACACAGUGAUGUGCACCUUAAUGGAUGUAUUGACAUGCACUUAAUACCCAACUGUGAGGGGGGAAUUCUGCAAGCUACUCUGUUCAGAGUGUGAGUAGAAUGGAGGAAAAUAAUAUACCUUGGAUAAUUUUGCUAUUGUCUUCUUCUUCUGAUGCUGGUUUCUUAGAUUUUAGCUGGUGGCUGAUAACGGCCCAGUAAGGACAUUCAGACUGUGAGAUACAAUCACCUAGCUGUGGAGGCAAAUUUUUGUGAGAACCCCCUCAGACUCCUUCCUUUGUACUAUGAAAACUGUGUUCGUUAAUAAAACUGUGGAGUAUUAUUAUCAUUUGUAUGUUAAAAUAAAUUUUCUAAAUUUAAA